UCUGUAACUUGUUACUGGGAAAGGAGAAGUUUGCAGCUCAGUGAGUGGGAGAGUGGAGGAAGGGUGGAGAGACACGGGGCACAAACUGUCUGGAGAUGGCUUUCAGAAGGAGGAAAACUUACCCCAUCUUCAGCCAGGAGUUUGUCAUCCACAACCAUGCGGACAUCUGCCUCUUCCUGGCCAUCGUGGUCCUCAUUGGGCUCAUGUUUGAGGUGAGAGACCCCCACCCCAGCUCCCAGGCUCAGUGCCCCCUAGGAUGCAAUCAGGCUGGGACCCUGAGUCUGGAUGGAGUCCCAAGUCACUGCACUGUCUGCUCUCUGUGGGGCAAGUCAUUAAGGAGGGGAGCUUUUGGGAUGUUGCAGAUUCUGGGGGGAGCUUUUGGAACGUUGCAGAUUCCGGGGGGAGCUUUUGGAACGUUGCAGAUUCCGGGGGGAGCUUUUGGAAUGUUGCAGAUUCUGGGGGGAGCUUUUGGAAUGUUGCAGAUUCUGAGGGGAGCUUUUGGAAUGUUGCAGAUUCUGAGGGGAGCUUUUGGAAUGUUGCAGAUUCUGAGGGGAGCUUUUGGAAUGUUGCAGAUUCUGAAGGGAGCUUUUGGAAUGUUGCAGAUUCUGGGGGGAGCUUUUGGAAUGUUGCAGAUUCUGGGGGGAGCUUUUGGAACGUUGCAGAUUCUGAGGGGAGCUUUUGGAAUGUUUCAGAUUCUAGGGGGAGCUUUUGGAAUGUUGCAGAUUCUGGGGGGAGCUUUUGGAACGUUGCAGAUUCUGGGGCAGAUUCUGGGGGGAGCUUUUGGAAUGAAUACUGCAGAUUCAGGGGGGAGCUUUUGGAAUGUUGCAGAUUCUGAGGGGAGCUCUUGGAAUGUUGCAAACUCUGAGGGAGCUCUAUUAGCUAACCAGAACUCCUUUCAUAGUUCCAUCCCUGGUUCUGCCAUAAUUCCCAAGGUUGCUCCUUAUUGGAAUGAGAUAUGGGGUACGUGCUUGAUUCUAAUUGGUGGUGAAGCCCUGCAGCUGUCCCUUUAAAUGCAUACUUUGAUUCCCAUUGAUACUGCAAGGGUUGAUUGGAAUACCGUUAAAAAGACAGUCCAUCUCAUUGCAAUCUCUCUCCUGCACAGAGAUCUAAUUACAAAACUAUUUCCUUUUUAUCUGCUAUCUAAUUAUACCCCAAGCCCCCUCCCAUUCCUGGGAAAUCCACAAUUCACAUCUCACAUUGCCCUGUUUCAUAUAAGCACCAGCUCUUAUCUGUGAGAGUUUUUAUCCUGGGGGAAAAGAUAUCUUGUAUAUUUCUUUUUAGCAGGUUUUUUUUUUAAAUUUUUUUUCAUUUUUUAUUUAUUUAUUUUUAAAAAAAUAUUCUUAAAAUUCAGACAUAAUUAAAGAUAUUGGUGUGUGUGUGUGUGUGUGUGUAUAAGUAAAAGAGAACCUUGACUUUAAUCUGUAAAAUUUGCAGCACUUUUAAACACAGCGCAAUGGGGCAGAUUUGGAGCUUUGUCCCCAGGGAGUUGGGCAUGUUUCUAUUUGGUGUGUCUAGCACAGACUGUCCCCAUUCAACCUCAGAUUUUGCCAGGGUGGCAGGCAGGCCAGGAACUGCAGGAGUCACUGUAGGGAGAGGGACCUUAUUUUACAAGGUACUGCAGGGCUCCUAAUCAAGAAUAUGUACCUUGCUUUAAUUUGAGAUUUUUAAACAAUGGCACACUCUGCAUAACUGACAUGUAAUUGUAUUUAGUACUUCCUCGUCUGUGUAACACGCAUAUGCCACUUUUUUGUUAACUUUUUUUCUGCUAUGCUGCUUCUUCUUUUCUUUUCUUUUUUCUUUUUUUAAUGGGUGGUCGUUACAUUUACACAAUUUCGGUGCACUUGUAUGUGUUUUAAAAAAAAAAUAAAAUUUUUAAUGUUUUUUCUAAUGUAUUUUAUAUUUAUUUUGCUACGAGUAGGUUAACAUGCCAUUGUGCUUGCCGAUCUAGAUAUAUCCAUUUAAUUGAUAUUGUUUGUUGCCCUUAGGCUUUUGGCAGUAGCGGGAAUGGGCCUAGGGUCACCAUAUGUAAGUUUAGCAUUGUGCUUGUUGGUUUCCUUGGUAACUACCAAGCAUCCAUCGUGAGCUGGCUGCGUGGAUGUCUGUGGCCAAGAUUGAUCAAACCAAUGAGAAGAACAUUUUCCUGAUGUUUGACAGACACUGGUUCUUAUUAAUAUAGCCCCAUUUCCGAUAACGGUUUUCUAGGAAAGUGAAUAUAUUGCCGAGAUUGUUGCCUGGGGAUCUUGUGGUGAUUUUAUAAAAUUAAUUUAUUACAUUACUAUGCAUGUCCUGAAUUAUAUAAUGAUACUUAAUUAGUUCUAUUUCCGCCAGCUGUUGUGUUGUCUAUCAACUGCUUAAAGGGUUGCUCCCAAGCACCAUAACCACUUCAGUGAUAACGGCGAUCGUGCCUGGAGUUCGUACUUGCAGUGUUUCUCUUUGAAACGCUACACAUAGAGUUAAACCCCUUCGGUAACUCCACCUAUUGCAACGUAACUGGGGCGUUUUAAUUCUGUGCAUACUGGACAUCUGUUGGUGAUAGUAGUCUAAUGGCGGCAGGGCCCCUCUCUGUAUGUCGCCCAAGUCCUCUAGUCAGACCAUCCUUUCCCUGUAUCCCCCUUACGCCCCUAAAAUAAAGAGUGACUUCAGUUAGGGGCGGGGAGGGGGAAAUCAUAACAGAGGUAACGUAUUACUUUAUUUUUUAUUUAUUUCAAUUUUACGUGGGGCGGGAGGGGAGGCCUGGUGGCAAGGGUUACAUUAAGCAAAUACAGUGUUUUAUUAAAAUAGUUAUUUGGUUCAAGUAAUCAUUUAACAUCAGAAUAUAACCUCAAGACAUGUACACCAUUCAUUAAAUUGAUAUUGGUGGCAAUAUGUGCCCUGAAGGUUUGUAAAACCAAUCGACAUUUUGAAGUCUAAGCACCAAAUGAUUAGAGUAUUUUUGGGCUGUUUGACACUUACCUUGAUCUCUUGGGUGCCUCCAAUCUGGUCCUAUCUUUAGAAAUUGCUAAAGCAGAUUCUGUCAAUUUUCAGGAAAAGUUGAUAUAUCUAAUGUGGAAGGAGAAUGUCUGUCUGUCUGUCUGUCUGUCUGUCUGUCUGUCUGCUUUAGAUAUUUCUGAAGUCGUGCCGGACCGCGACACCUGGAAGGCCAACGCAAGUUGGAAAGCGGUUGACUACCUACCGUGUGAUGGUGAAUAGAUUGCCCGUGAGGUCCAGACUAAUUUUUUUUAUUUUUUCUUCUCAGUUAAGUUUAAUAGUUUUUCAAAGACAAAAGUUAAACAAGUCAUAAGAGGAGAGGAAUGUCCAAACUGUACUACUUCUGAGCUCUCUGUUAUUUUCAGAUCAUUUUUAGGUUUCGGCUAAGCUAGAUUUAACUCCCAAUUUUAAUAAAUAAGAAAAAUACCAGUUUUUUGAAGGCACCCAUUUGCAAAUCUACAGCCUGUGUGUGUAAACCAGGAAGUGGCUGAGAACAAAGCUACAUUGAUGUAAAUAAGUGAGUGAGCCUGUACAAGUUUGGACGUGCGUUGCGUGUUCACUCAAUGUGUGCCAUACAAUCGCUAGUAAGGUUUACUCCUUUGACAUCGUCAACACGCUUCCCAGCCGACUCUGAUUCCUUCGUCCCAUUCUAGGUUUAAUCAGUGGUGCUUUUGGGAAGAACAGGAAAAUGUCAGGAAGCACAGCACAGAGUAAUAUUAGGACACUGAUUUAGAAGUGAUCAGCGCAUGUGCAGCCCUGAAUUGGGCCCUUCAAAGAUGUCCUACAGAGCAGGCUGACAUGGCCUUUUCUUGUGUGACACACCACUUCUUCUGAAUUGGCCUGUCCCACUCAUCGUUUCUCUCUUUUUGAGAGGGAUUUUAGGAGCUAUAAAUUUAGCAAAUUCCUGGAGCUAUAAUAUACAGAUUUAUAUGAUGCAGGGACAGGACACUUUGUUAGCCUAUGCAAUUUGUUCAGAUUCUUGGGGUGCCUGGAGUCUCCUUUUUGGCUUGUUGUGAAAAUGGUGAACUAGAUCUUCGAGAUUUCAGGAGACUACGUUAGUGGUGAAUAAAACUACGGGAUUAAACUACAACUGCGUUGUGGGUGACUUUGUUGCCACAUAGUCAUGGCCUGUGGAGUGAUUCUGUUUAAACGCAUGCGCGCUUGGCAUGUUAACAUAAAGCAAACUAACGAGAUUAUUUUUAGAAAGAAAAGAUUAGCACAACAUAUCGCUAGCAAUUCUUUAGCAAUCUGGUUGUGCAAUAAUCUCAUUACUGACCGUGAAUCUUUAAGAAACAGCAGCAUAAAAAGAAAAUUGUUUUAUAUGAAUGGAUAGAAUUUAAAUUUUUUUUUUUUUAAAUAUAUAAAAUACAUACAAUAUGCGCUAGUAAUUUUGGCAUGUAAAAAGGUAGUUCGGCUGGCCGGUGCACAAACUGCAAAGUUUGUAUAACAUUCCGCUGUCAGUGCUUGUUCAUUGUUUAUCAUACACUGCAUGUAUCCCAUAAUCUUCAGCUCACCUGUUGUCCAUGGGAAACGUGUUAAGUUUUAAUGAGUUGUUUUGUGAUCAGAGGUUAGCGGGCUCAUUGCUGCAGAGAGGUUUUCAAAUCUCGGAAGAUGCAAUAAAUAGUAUUAGGGAGACAUGAUGCAAGGAGUUUGUGUAAUUUUGGUUAUUAAAAUAUACCUUUUUUUUUAUAUCUAAAAGCAUUUAGUAAGUGCUUUUAAACAGCGAUUAGCUUGGGGAAAGUAAGAUUGAGUCAUUUUCUUAUCUUGGGACUGCAAGUCUAGGUUAAUCAUAUAGAUAAGUAAUCGCAAACCUAUAGCUAUUCAUUUUAGAAUUAUAGAACCUGAGGUUCCACCCUGUGUCUAGCAGAUUUCCUUGAUAUAUAUAUAGUCUGUUUUGAUAAUAUUAAAAGGAAUGCUGUAGCAGUAUUUUAUUAUUAGAUUUCUUCUUUUCAUGUGCCUUCCCCUUUUUAUUAUAAAAAUUCUAUAUUAUUAACAAAAUCGUCAUAAAACUGACAUUUAUUCCAGCACUGAGCCAUACUUCUCUUGUAAGCUGACUCUCCUCUCCAAUUUUGAUGACUUCUUUCCAAAGCUUAUUGCUUAGAUAAGCAAUAAGAACACGCGGUGCAUGCGCCACAAUUGGCGUGCUCCACCAAACCAAUGCUUCUCAUAGAGAAGCAUAGAAUUCAGCGCUUUUGUGAGAUGCCUUGGCCACAUUUGUGCGUGUGCUCUGCAUGCUGAAGCUGAAUGUGAAGACCUUCAAAAGGAAGAAGUAACUGUCUGUUUGACUGCCACCAGAGGUAGGUUUUUGGUCAAAUAUUAACGGUGCCAUUUCUCAGAAACAGCAGUGUUUUACGUUGUCUGAGAAAAGGCACAGGAUCUAUUUAAACACACCACUGCAUUAAGAUGUAGCCCCCCAUUUCACCUUCCACCCCCUCCUUUGUCACCAGUGGGGGACUUAGCAAAUACUUUAAAGUUCCCAGACGGUGACAGCUCCACUUUAAGUGUGCCCUUUUAAGUUUGAUCUAUAUUAAUAUCUAGAUCUAUAUUAAUAUACUCAAUCACAGUUUGGGACGUUGGACCAUGUUUCCACAUAAAAUUGCCCUGUGUUUCCUCCACUUUUAUUUUUGUCUCUAUCAGGUUAGAUUUGUGUUAAAUUUUGUGUUUGCAUACUGUAGCAUAGCAAUACAUUUAAAUUUAGCACACGUCAUUUUAUAAAGCUUCAAAUGCUUUUAAUAUAGAAGCUUUGUUGUACUUGGGUUACAUGCGCGACAAGUGCCGCAACACGGAACAGAAGGAUGGCGGUAGUACAGAACAGAGGGAGGUGAGGAGGGUUGGGUAGAGGCAGUGCUAAAGGGGAGGAUUUUUUUUUUUGUAGGGGGCAGGAAGAACUGAGGGAAUUCCGGAUGAAUGGCAAACUGAGGGUACGAUUAAGCAAGCAGUGUAUUACAGGCUUCACAUUGCAGGCGCUCUCAGAGUUCAAGUAAAGAAGCUGAUUACGUCUCAGCUUGCAGUGCAUGCUAACCACCGACCCUUUUUAUUUUAUUUUUUAUUUUUAAUGCACAUCAUUGAGAUUUAGUCCAAAGCAGUGUUCCAGGCGACCAAUUCAUGUGCGCAGGAGGUGUGGUUUCGCGGUCAAGGUUGAAACCCAUUUCCCUUACUCCACGUUUAUAAUGAAAAUAAUAGGAAUAUGCUCAAAUUUAGUGCUUUCUAUGUGUAGGCAGUGUUCCAAGCUGCUUGAACUGUGGCCCAUUCUAAAAGCAGAAGUGGUCAUGGUGGUUGGUAUGACCCUUCCAUUGAAAAUAGUUGGUUAUUUAAAGGGGCAUACCAUCUAAUAUGACACUGUCCUCUUUUGGAGCACUCGUUUUCCAGUAUGAUUUACAAGACAAAUGACUAGCAUGGUGUAGAAUUAUUUAAGGCCAAAUGCUUGCUUGCUGCACUUAACAUCUUUCAGUUUCCCCACUUUCACUGCUCAAAAAUGAUAAAUGCUGUGUUUCUGAGCAGGCAUUCGCUCCCUUCCAUUGAGGCUACCUGGAUGAGUCAGGUGAGCAGUUACAUAUAACUCUGCUGUUACUAUUCCCAUUGCAGUGUGCAGCCUACCCCAACUGCACUUUGUCAUCAUAUGUCCUGUGAAUAAUGGAUAUCCUUUAAUUUUAAUUAAACCGAUACUGAGCCUGGGCUUCACAAUAGUACAUAACACUCUCUGCUAAAAAGACAGUCUGUUAUUCCCACGACCAAGGUCCAGGACAGGUGUAGGCAUUCAUUCGCCACCCUGGAUUUUGUGGUCUGUCUCUCCUAAUGCUUUGCCAGUAUUAUGGGUUCAUGAGCAUAAUGGGAGAUGUAGUUCAAACAUCUGGAGUGCCAAAAAUGCCUAGCCCUGGUCUAUGAAAUGGCAAACAAGCGGUCAAAACAUUUUAAAUGGCUCUGUCAUGUUUGGGUUCUUUGCAUAUUUUACAAAGACCCCCUAAGGUGACAUCAUUACUUGGUGGCUGAGGUGAGAAAUUGAGGGGAGAUACUCGCUUGAAGCCCUUCCUUCUUCCAGCAGAAUCCGACAUCUUCCUUCUGGUGCUACAACCUCCACCAGCAUGUAUCACUGCUGUACUCUCACACAGGAACCAGAGUAGAAUGCUGAGGUCUGCAGGACCCCGCAAUGCAUGAGAAAAUACCCCUUUUGCACAACCUUGAAGUCCCUGUCUUGCAUCUUUUGAUUGAGCUGAAAUUUCGAAGACAUUAUAACUGUCAGUUUGAGUAUUCAGAAAGAUUUAUCUUUAUGAAAUCUCCAUAGUUAUUGCCGUUACAGAUCCACUUUAAUAGCUAGCUAUGCUCAUGUAAGCCAUGCACGAGGACUCUUGCCAAAACGCAAUUUACUGCUCAUUGUUGUUCGGCUACUGUCUCCUUUUACUUUGCCGCUGACUGACAGGAAUGCCAGUGCUUUCUGGCAGAGUUUUCUCAACUAGCGCAGCUAUUUAUAAACGGCGAUCUGUCUGACUCGGUUCGGUAGAUGAGUGGACCCCCAGAGCGCCCUUAGUGAUCUCAAACAUACACCUUGGUAUUGAUCUUUUAUAGACGCAAAGUGUAUUUCUUAGCUGGCUUUGCAAUUUCAACUUUAAUAUCAAGUAAGCCAGUCACGCGGCAAAUUUCAAACUGGACCUGUUCACUGAAUGCCAUCUUGCUCUGUAGCCCAUGCUGGUUUUUUAAAGGUUUUUUUUUUUUUUUUUCUGUUGUGGAUGGGCAGAUUUGCAUAGAUUUUAAUGAAAUAGACAUUUUUAGUUUUAUAUUCAAAAUAUGAUGUUAACGGAACAAAUAUAGCAGUACGAGAUAUUUACUAGCAGCUUGACAAAAAUAAAUAAAAAUUAAAUCCUGGGGUUCCCGCUGCACCCACAGAUUAGUCUUUUGUCUACCGCUUGGAUAAUCCGGAAGUUUCAAUAAGUGGGCAUGGGGGACCACAGCCAUGUUACCGCACGUGUAGAUAUGGCGCUGUGAAAAUGCCAUGUUUGUGAUGCACUUUCUGUUUGUUUCCACAAAAAGGCCUUUAUACCUGAACAUACAUGAGUAGACGUGAUUCUGGCCAAACGUGUCUUCUGAAAGACCUAUCCCUAUGGCCAUCCCUGCGUGUGACUGAUUGCAUUGCUACGUAGUUUUAACACUGCUAGCUGCUCUGGAGGGGAUUAGAAUGGCGCAUGUCUUCUAGCAGAGUGUUCGCUCCACCAGACAGCUUCGAUUCCCAGGCAGAGUUCAAUGGUAAUGUUUGCCUAUUCUGACAUACAGGACCCUAAACAUUGUUUCCACUGAAAAGGAAGCGAUUUCCUGUUAGACUGGCUUUUUGUUACAGAUUUCAAUGAUGCCUUUUUGAGAAAAUUAGCAACUUGCAUACCAAGGGCCGAUGUAUUGCCAUGGGUUGCAUUGUGGCAUCUUCCGGGUUGAGAUAAAAAAACAAACAAACAUGUAAUUGCAAAGCGUAGAGAAAAACAAAAUAGAUGUGGAGUCAAAAAUGGUAAAGGAGAAUAAAUUACAAUCGGAUAUUGAAAAUUCCGCAUUUAAUUUACAUGUUAAAUAUUUAUUUUUUUUGUACGGUUGUUCAGUCUCCUGAAAAUCUUGCCAUAAAUUAGUUUUAGGUUUACUCCAAACACACCACGACCACUUCAGUGCUAUAAAGUGGCCAUGGUGCUUGAAGUCAGUAUGUGCUGCAUUUCAGUUUGAGGUUUAAAUCCACCUGUAGUGGCGUUAUUAAGCAGACUGGAACGCGGGUUCUGGCAUGGUUCCUUUUUAAUUCUGUGCAUGAUGGGAGUUUGUCUUCAGGACACAUAGCGUGGCACAGCCACAUCCCUUCACGCUGCCCAUGUCAUUCUGUCAGCCCGUCUUCUGGAUCAUAACUUCCUCAAUAGUGAGGGGGUGUGAUUUCACCAAAGUCAAGCGACUGCAGGGAGAACUUGGCAUCAGUGUAGGAUGCUUUUGCUUUUAAUAAGUGUUGUUGUGCUUUUUUUUUUUUGCCUUGCCCUUUAAAACAAUAAUACAGGUGAGUUAAUGUUAUUUUUCUCUAAGCAGAAUAGUUUGGCUCGGAAGAAUAGGAUGGCAUUCAGAUACUUCAUCUCACUGAUGCGAUUAGGUUAUCUGAAGUGGUUAUGGUGCCUAGAGUGUUCCUUUAAUGCAGUAACACCUUAAUGACUUGUGCCUUUUUGAGAUUUGCUAUAUAAUUCUUCCAUUAUAAUGUAAUGCGGUUUCUUAAAGACAUUUUUUUUUGAGGGACAGAUUUGGCUUUGUUUGUGUUUAGGAUUUUAGUAAAUUUUGGACCAUUUAUAGCAAAUAUUGCGAGAUGUGAAUAAUGAUAUUAAAAUUAAAGGGACACAUGGUAAUAACUUCAUCUAAAUGGAGUUGUUAUGAUGCCAGAAGGCCCCCGGGUGCACCCCUACUUUAAGAGGUUAAGAUGUUCUUAAAUGGUGUAACCCCAAAGUUUGCCUUCAGGGCUCCAUGCAGCUUGUAAAUCUCAGUUAAAAGUUCGAGUGCUGAUUGGUGUAGAGCGGUAAUCCAAUCCGUAGCUUUCCAUUGAUUUAAAAGAAACUCACUUGUGGCAAACCUAGCCACUUAGACUAGACAGAGACAAUAUGUUUUUAAGGGUUGCCUGUAUAUUCAUUACAAUUGUAUAUGUGCCUGGUUGUACUAUGCUGUAUCCUGUGUGCUGUAUUGCCCGUAUUAGCUAUCUGCCGAAAGCAGAUAGUCAUUUUCUAUUUCGUUUCACGAACAGCGCCUUUGCGGGCUGUUCAUGAACUAUCCUGUAAUAGCCCACACACUAAGAGAUGUGUGGCGCUUGUUAACCGAUUGCAACAAUGUUGCAAUCGGCAAUUAGAGACUCUACUAGGUGGCCGUCGUUCGACAACCGAUCACGCGGCGGUCUCGUACAGCAGUGCCUGAUGGGAGAAAUGCCCAGAAUGUGAAGUCCCCCAUGUAGUCCCUUACUGUGUUACCCCUGCUAAGUCAGUAUGGAAACCCCUUGCAUGGGGACUUGCAUAAAUACUGGAGCUGCAAAUAAAGACCUCAGUUGACUCCCAGAACUGUGUUUCGUCCGGUUACUGGGGGAUUUGGGAUAUUGCAUUACUUUUCAGCGCUUGACUGUGGAUUACUGUAUGUACCAGCGGAAUUCGUGGGAUUUAAUAGUGCCGAUCCGCUACAUCACUUUUUUUUUUUUUAACUCAAUGUGGAGCUACUUAUUGGCUUAGAGCGCCAAUCAGUGGCACCCCUGGCCACAUUUUGCCAAAUCCUGCUGUGGCUAUAACUUAAUUAGCAGUCACAUAAUCCACUGCUUCACAAAAGUAUAUAUUUGUAGAAAGAAGACUCCUUUUGGUAUUUAACUAUUUUAGCAGUUUUCUCUGCCAAAUCUGCUUUUUACAUGGUUUAUUUUUUUUUAAACUUUUUUUUUUUUUACACAAGUUUUAUUUUCCUACGUGAAUCACCAUGUAUAUCCCUCUAAUGUAAAGCCUUGGAUUUGUCUGUCGGAUUACAGCAAUAUCCUCGCUUUAUACCUUUUGCUAGAUAUUUAAGUUAUAGUUUAAAUUGGCGACCUGCCAUUUCUUGUCCAGACUUGCAAUUUUAACACAUUGAUUUACAGGGCCCAUGUCUGCUUUGGAGUACAGUGACUGCCCUCAGCUGCACAUCACCCCCAUCAUUGCAUUCAAUUUGCCAAAAUCUACAACCUCUGCUUUAUCUGGGAUAUUCUAAGCCGUAAGACAUGACCACCUCAUCUGCCUUUUUGUUGAAAUUAAAGUGAAUGUUUGUUUAAAUUUCUUCUUUUUUUGUGUGUGUGUUUUUCACACACGCAUUGCAUUCUCAUGGUGAAUCCCACUGUCCUGGGUUGUCGACUACUGUAAAAGCCCCAGGUUUUUAUUCUGCUAUUGACGCAGAGUACAACAACCGUGCCCAUUUUUUGCCAGCUGGCUUUGCAAGAUUAAUGUCUCUUUUGGGGCAGACUAGAAGCCCCCAGAUUCACGUUCACCCAUCAUGGUAUACCAUUUACAAAAGUCGAUGGCUUGCGCCAUUUCACGUAGUAUGUAUUUAUUAUCGAUCUCUGCUGAACUUAACGAUUUAUAUAUUUUUUGCAACUUUACAAAAUCAAUGUAAGGUUCACAAGCUUGGUGUGUGGCACUCCUGCGAGACCUCUAAUUUGUGUUCUGCUAUUCCACCUAAUACAGCCAUACCCCCAUGUAUACCUUUUGCCAGUUUUUUUUUAAGGAAAACAGGAGAUUAAAAUUCGAUCCUCUAGUAUUGCAGAUUGAUUUGCAUGGCCCAUUUCUAUUAUGGGUAUAAUCGUAGUCCAUCAUAUUCAAAUAAGCCCUUCCAUUGUGCAUCAUUUGCAAAGUUAGACCAUGUAAGUCAACCACAGUGAAACGAUUUAUUUAAAGGUAUACUUGGCCAGUGAGCUAGCUUAACUCAAAAAAGCCAACAGAAGCUCCAUGUAGGAGCUUCCAUCAUUCCCUGAUGCUGAGAACACGCCUGCUGGACCCCAGGUAAGUUGUUUUGGUACUUGGAGUACUCCAAUAACACAUUUUCCAAAGCAGAGUACAGGCUUUGAGAGCACUAUAUAGCUUGUCCUGUUCUCCUUAUUUGCACAUAUUUGGCAACGCUUUUGGAGACAUUGUUUUUUGGAGGCUGGAAAGGAUUUUAACGUGUAUUUCCACUAGAAUUCCCCCAAAAAUGAUUUCAAGCAGAAACUGGAGACUAGAGCGUGCUGUAGUUGUUAUGGUGUUUAUACUGUUCCUAAUUAGCUAUUGGUUGUAGAAACAAAAUAUCAUAAGUGACACCUAAGGAUACCCAAGCAUUAUUCUAGCACCUUAAUGUACUCGUUCUGGUGCAAGGUGACUGGGUGCAGUCUCUCCUUUUUAUUUAUUUAUUUAUUUUGGACUCCUACGGCCUGCAUUAAAACAAAAUGGCUUAAUUUUAAAUCUGAUGUUUAUUUGCUUUAGAAAAUUUUUACCUCCUGCUCUGUAAAUUGCAUGAUUUUGCUCUUACACGCCGAAAAGUCAUGAUUUUAUUAAAGACACGGAGGCGAGUAUUGCAUAUCCCUUUCUUUACUGUCCACCAAUAGCGGCAAAGAAUACAAACAGAAUGAAAAAAAUAAUGAACAUACAGUCACAUAGGCCCCUCCCCGCUCAGGUCCCAGUAUAAUAGGCAGCACUUCCCUUCCAUUUCCCUCUUUCUGAAGAUGCGACCCUACAAAAUAAUGUCAAUAACCAAGAACAGCGAUAAUGCCCAAUGAGGAGACAACGUAGAACUGUUCGCCAAGAUGAGGAUAACACUUCAACAACAGGGAAGCACAACCGGAUAAUCAUAGGACCAAACUCUAUCAGCAGGGGGAGUCCUAACAAGCUGAAGCAUGGCAUUCCACCUCGUCGGAUCAGGCUGUGAAAACAUGAAGGAACAGGAGCCCACAGGUUAAAGUCGAUACUUGCAACCAAGUUCAAGGCCAGACUAAGCAAACCCCACAUAUCUACAGUCCUACAAUUCAGUGUAAUUAAACAAGUCAAGGUACAUAAUCAACCCUGUUACGACACGGCCCCACUUACCAUACCAAACCAUUCAAUGUAACUCUUCUAAACAUACAACAAACUGGGUGGGGAAAAAAACAUAACAUAAUAAAUAUAACAUGGGUGGGACAAUACUCGCCUCUGUGUCUUUAAUAAAAUCAUGACUUUUCGUCAUGUAAUAGCAAAAUCAUGCAAUUUUAUAACAAGGCACGGAGGCUCAUAUUGCAAGUUUAAAGCUGGUCCACUACUGCAGCAAACCUAUGCGGGGCCGGUCGAAAGUAAAAUUCCCAGAAAGUAGAUUCCCUUGACCAAUCGGCUGUCCUCAUGAGAUCCUCCAGACGCGCACCUGCAGUCAUCAUCGAAGAGGCCGAAGCCCCCCGGAACGAAUGGGCGCCAAAGACCGUGGUAUUAAUGCCCUCCUGAGACAAUAACCACUUCACCCAGCAUGCCAAUGUGGUGCUAGAUACCGGGUGGGAAGGAGGACGAAAGGAUAGAAACAGCUGUGGAGAAAUAGCGCUACGGUGGAGUUUGGUGCGAUCUUCAUAUUCGCGUAGGCAAGCCACUGGACACCAUGCCGGAGAGGUAGGGAAACUCUGGUAGGACACCGAUUUGAUAGACGUCUUAGUUCGUCGACUGAUGUUGAACGUUACCCCAUCUGGGGUGUAUGACCUGGCGUCAAAGUCCAGAGGUCUGACUUCCGAGACCCUCUUGCAUGAGACAAGGCAGAGCAGGCAAACUAACUUGGCUGAUAAUUGUUUUAAGGAGAGUGCUGAGUUAGCGGGCCAGGAUGAGAGAAAAGACAAUACAACGGAGACAUCCCAGGUCGUGGAGUAGCAAGGCCUGGGUGGUCGGGAGAAUCGAGAGCCCUUGAGAAGUCGGCACACUAAGGGGUGUUGCCCCGCGGGACAUCUGUCAAAUCCUUGAUGAGUCGAAGAGAUGGCAGACCAGGAGCGCGGGAUCAUGGAGAAUGGAGGGAGAGCAUACCAGAGGUCUCCGCUCCAGUCUUGCAGGAAGGCGUCUACUGCCUCCGAUGUCAGAUCCGGCCUCCAGCUGAGAAACGUGACAGUUGUGUGUUAAGCCGGGAUGUGAAGAGGUCGAUGGUAAAGGGACCCCAGAGAGAUGAUAUACUGGAGAACACGACCAUGUCCAAUCUCCAGUUGCUGGUGUCCGAAAGAUAUCGUGACCCCCAGCCCGCUUGAACAUUGUGCAUGCCAGGUAAGUAUUCAGCGUAAGCCAUCAGGUUCUGUUCCAGGCAAAACUCCCAAAAGUCUCUUGCCAAUCUGGCCAACACCGCAGACUGUGUACCGCCUAUGUGGUUGACAUAUCUCACUGCUGAGACAUUGUCCAUGCGGAGACGGAUGCAUGCCAGGGCCUGGUCCCUCGCGAAACUGCGGAUGGCGAAGGAGCCUGCCAGGAGCUCCAGCGCGUUGAUGUGUAGCCGGGAUUCGGAUUCCGACCUGCGGCCUCCUGUCGAAACCCCCUUGCAAUGGCCCCCCAGCCAUGGAGGCUCGCAUCGGAGUCGAUGGUGAAUUCUGGCAGCAAGCCGAAGAUCGCUUUGCCGUUCCACGCGGACAGGUUGAGGAUCCACCAUCGUAAUUCGGCCUUUGUUUCGCUGUCCAGUGACACCUGAUCCGCGUAGGAUGCACCGGCCCUUAGGUGCGCUAUUUUCAGGCACUGUAGCGCUUGGUAGUGUAUCAGGCCUGGAAAUACUGCCUGUAUAGCUAAGGCCAGUAGGCCGAUGAGCCGUGCAAGCUGGGGCAGAAUGAGGGCUCUGCGAAGCUGUUUGCGGAUGGAUCGAAUCUUGGUCAUCGGCUGGCUCACUGUCGCCUCCCCCGAGUCCACGAGGAACCCUAGGAAUUCCAUGCGAGUGGCGGGGGUCAGGCAUGAUAAUGAAUCGCAAGCGAGAAAGGUUUAUGGCCAACCGUAGGUGUGUAAGGAGAGUGGAGCGCUCCUGAGCCAUGAGAAGGAUGUCGUCCAGGUAUAUAAUUAGACAAAUGCCCCGACUGCACAACCAGGCCAUCACAGGUCGCAGCAGUUUCGUGAAGCACCACGGUGCUGAGGAGAGGCCAAAGGGCAGGCAGGUAAAUCACCAAAUCUCGUGCCGCCAGUGGAAGCGCAGGAGGUCUCGGGAUGUCACUACAAUCGGUACAGUCAGGUACGCAUCUUUGAGAUCUAGUUUUGCUAGUCAGUCUCCGUGUAGAAAAGAUCUCGUAGCAGGUGAAUACCCUCCAUCUUGAAAUGACGGUACCGAACCAUGGCAUUGAGGGGGCGCAGAUUUGACGGGCCUCAUUUGACCGCCCUUCUUUUCCACCAGGAAAAUGUUGCUUGUAACACCUGCGGGGUUGAGAGGUGCCCGUUCUAUAGCCCCUUUCACAAGGAGGGUGGAGAUUUCUUCGUCGAUCAAUCUGCGAUCCCGGAGUGAGAAGCAGAUCGGUCGAGGAGGGGGAAUGUGUACAAGGUACCCCACUAGUUCUAUCUGGAAACCCCGAACAGUGGUCAGCACCCAAGGGUCUGAGGUAAUUAGUGACCCAGCUGGGAAAAAAUGUUGGAGUCUGCCCCCUACACAAACAUGAGAAGAAAUACGAGGUAUGAGGGAACUCACCGUAAGGUCGUCUGGAACUGAAGUUGCCCCAGAAACCUCUGGAUUGCCACUGGCGUCCGCGUGACGGGAAGAAAGUGGGACGAGUAUUGGUCUCCUGGUAGUUAACACGUUGCUGGAAGGAGCUUCGUCCUGUGCCACGCGAUUGGAAGUAGGUACGGCCGGACAGUCUGCUCCUGGGGGAGACCCGCCCCUGGAAUACCCGUCUCAUGGAGGCCUGGGCCUUGUCAAGGGCUGUAAAUGCCCAAACGAAACACCCUAAGUCUUUAAUAAAGGAAUUGCCGAAGAGUAAGCCUUGGGCGUCCUUACCAGCUUUUGUGAGGGCAAGAUUGGCUAAUUUGGUUCAAUUUUAAACAAGAUGGCUUUACGCUGUUCUAUAGAGAGGGAGGUGUUAACACUCCCGACAAUACAAAUUGCUCUCUGGACCCAACCACGUAGGUCGUCAGGGUCAACCAUGCGGUUCCCGCCCUGGCAUCUUCCGCCAAGUCAAAUAAUUUUAUGCCAGAGGGACGAAAAUAUCCAGGUGUUUAUCCUGGCAAGAUUUCAAGGCAGAUUCUAGCCCCUUACGGGGGUUCCAGCCCAGUUUAGUGAGGAACGGAGUCAUUUUGGGGUCUACCUCAGGAGUGUCACAUACUUUAUUGGGCACCACAGGCCUGGGACACUCGGCCCUCAAUUUGUUACGUGCUGCUUUGCUAAGAGGGCGCCGUACCCAAUUCUCAAGGUACGUGGCAACGUGGUCGGCCGGGAGCCACUCUGCUGACCUCGGAUGGUGUAGGUCAUCCGGGUCGAAGAGUGGGACAUCUAACGGAUCCACGAGGGCGGACCCCGCAGCUGCGGGGUGCCUAGUCCCUGCAUCACUUCCAGGCGUCUCUGCCUGAGCAGAGGGAAGGAGGUCAAAGCCCAUAUCUACGGCAUCCAUAUCAGUCACUGUCUGACUCAAUCUUAGCCUCUCUAUCUGUGCUCUGGCACAUUUCCAUAGCCGCGCCCGUUCUGCCUGGCGCUGAAAGGCUCUUUUGCGUGGAUGGGACACACUUUCUGGGGCAACCGUAGGUACGCCAGUCAUAGAGUUUCUGGAGGCAGAGGGAUGUUUGGACUUAUGGGUAGCCUUUCUGGGUACUUCUCCAGGCGGGUCCACAGAAGGACACGAUAGUGGCGUUGUGGAGCCCGAGAAAUGCUCGUCCGAAGGACGUGGCAAUAGGGCUUGAGAAAUAGUAUGGAAGAGGGUAGAUGACAUGGACCCCAUGGCUGCCAUAAUGGCGUCUGUCACUGAGCGCUGUAGCGCUAAGAAUUGGGCCCCUUCAGGGUGGGUGGUUCUAUCUACCAGGGUGGGUGGAGUGCCCGAGGUGACAGGGGUCUCACCCAAAUUAAAUGGGGCAUCAGUCUCCCCACAGGGUGAGGAUCCAGAAGGUAGGGUGGGGAUCCAGAAGGUAGUCUGGGUUUAGGCAUAAUGGAGAAUAAACAGGACCUAAUCCCUAAUUAGAUGUAAGAAUAGUAGGUACAGUAGGUACAAGAGCGAUCUCACCAGGGCCCAGACCAGUGGCACACGCACACACGAGGUGGGAGGAAGACAGGAAGUCAGAAAAUGGCCGCCGGCAAUCUCAUGAAAUUCGCAGCAAAAUAUAGUGAAAAUUCGUUAUGUUAAAGAACCGAACGUUCGGUAGAAAAUAAACAAAUUUGUGGAAAUAGACUAAUAUAAGGAAGAGUGGGGAAAAAAAAACAGACGAACGAACAGUUCAUGCAAAAAUUAGUCGAACUCAGCAAACAGGCGAAUGGUGCUGUUGGGGAAAAGUGAACCGCAUGUGUUCGUGACGAAUCAGCCGAACGGGCUUAAUUCGUGCACGAAAAACAGCCGAACACAGCGGAGAACGGGUGCAAAAGGGCGCCAAGGGUCAGGGAGAGGAAUCAGCAAGACGGAGAUAAGGAAAAACACAAGGAAAAGUCACAAGGACCAGGUCAAUUGAAAAGGGGGUUAUAAACAAAAUCUAUAACAGAGGAGGUCUGGACCCUGGGUACACAGAAAAAACACACAGAUGUGUAGCAUCAAACAAGCAGAGAAAAACAAAUAAUAAAAAAAUCUCUUAUAAAUAAAAUAGAAGACAAUACAAGAAUCAAUAACAGAUAAACCUAUACAGUGUAAUGCAAGGAUAUCAAUAAUAAUAUCAAUAGCAGGUAAUAAACGAGUAAUCAGAGAGAAGAUGUGACGUACUUAUCUUUGUAUCGGAGCAGCAAAGAAAGAGGGAAAUGGAAGGGAAGUGCUGCCUAUUAUACUGGGACCUGAGCGGUGAGGGGCCUAUGUGACUGUAUGUUCAUUAUUUUUUUCAUUCUGUUUGUAUUCUUUGCCGCUAUUGGUGGACAGUAAAGAAAGGGAUAUGCAAUAUGAGCCUCCGUGUCUUGUUAUAAAAUUGAACUUUAGUCACACGCAGGAGGCUCCUGCAAGGUCUAGCAAGCUAUCAACCGUACAGGCAAUAAAUUCUAAAGUAAACACUAUGUGCAAUUCGGGAAGUGUAAACAUUAGAUCACCGGAAGUGUUUAGGAAGACUGUGUAAGUCACACACACACCUCUUGUAAACAAAGUGAUUUAACUACUAAGUGGCAGAGAAAAGAGCAGUUUGACUUCAGGGCCCUGAUCUGUACACCAAAAAUGCUUUAAUUAGCUAAAGUUGUUUUGGUGAUUUGUAGCGUCUAUUUAAGGUCUGCAGUCAGCCUUUUAAAAUCCUGAUGUCAGUGUGUUUGUGGCACAAUUUGAGGUGGCAAACUGGUUGAAACCUGGCUCUAAAUCCAUCAUAUCCCAUGAUGCUGCACACAAAUAUGCAUGUAUGUGUAUUCCUACAUUGAUAUCGAAUACAGUGCUAGAGUGCACACACGUGUUUGGACAUUAAGUAACAAAUACUCUUUAAUGUGUAUGUUAAAGGACCACUAUAGGGCCCCCUAGUUUUUAAUCCUGCAACUGAAAACAAAGCAGUUUCAGAGAAAUUGCUAUGUUUACACUGCAGGGUUAAUCCAGCCUCUAGUGGCUGUCUCACUGACAGCCACUAGAGGCCGCUUCUGCGAUUUACACUGCAUAAAUCGCAUUUAUUUGACGCUGGACGUCCUCACGGAGUUCAGUGUCAAAUAAGAUCCCAAUAGGAAAGUAUUGAGUAAUGCUUUCCUAUGGGCGGGUUGAAUGCGCAGGCACCUCUGGCCGCGCAUGCGCAUUCUGCUCCACUCAGGAGCUGACGUCGAUGGAGGAGGAGAGGUCACCGGUGCUGGAUUAAGGUAAGCAAAUAAAUGAUUAACCAUUUACUCGUCACGGAAGGGGCUGACUAGGGCUCUAUAGAGUUAGGAAUACAUAUUUAUAUUCCUAAUGCUAUAGUGUUCCUUUAACAUUUGUACAAACCUGAGAGAGAAAUUAUGCCGCCAGGCUGAAAUGAUUGGAAAGGUCGCAUUUUUGAUUGCGUAACUUUUUCAGUGUUUAUUUUGGUUACAGUUGAAGGUAUUUUUGCACAGACUAAACUGUCAAAAUGUAAUGGGAGAUCUUCCCAAUCUUUUGUAGCAUAAAAUAAAAAAAAAAAUCCAAUGGGCAUGUUUAUGUAUUUAAAUAACAAUUUUUGUAAUUUUUUUUUUUGGCUCACUAUGCAGAUGGUACUUGUCUCGGAUAUUCUUUGGAUCCAGUGGAUGUGCCCAUCUGCAUGAAUGUGUUUUUUUUUUUUUUGUGUGUGUGUAAAUUUCUGUUUAUUAGAACUAAUUUUUUAUUUUUUUUCUGUUGCGUAACAAUCCAUGUCUUAUCAACCAUAGAUGUACCUUGGCUACGGUCUGAGACCAUGUACGGUAUACAGUGAUGGCGACCUGAGGUAUGCUUUGCCUCUUAAACCCUUCAAAUGUCAUGUUGUUCAAUUUAUACUGUUUAGCUUGAAGAUUCCGAUAUAUAAAUGAUAAGCUAGGUAUUUUGUACUCUCUUUUGUAGAAUCUGUACCAUGCCUGUUCUGGAGUCAUGGUACCAUCUAAAGGUUUUAACCUGUCUUGCCAGCCUCUGGUGCUUCAUCGUAAUCUCUGGGAGUACCAAUAGAACAUAUGAAUGGACAUUUCAUCAACUGCGCCAUUUCGUAUAAAAAAUGCUUAAUUCUUCCUUCCGUUUAAGCCAGGACCAUCUUACUAUAGCUCAGACUCAGAGAUUUAGGCCCAUUGUGGUGUUCCAGUUCCCUCACAGCCAGAGCUUGAUGUUGCUCCGCACUAUGUGAGUAAACACACUUUAUAUAUGAGAAGCUUUUACAUCAACUUAGAGAGAUUCCAACCGGGACAUCUUGGCAAGGUGCAGAUUUAAAAACAAAACAAAAAAAAUUAAACCAAUAAAAAAAAUUGCACUUUUCUAAAGUGACAAAGAGGGGGAUACUUUGUGAACCCCUAAAAUACCUACACACGCUGAAGUGCUUUAGGGGUGCGACGGGUUCUUUUAACACAAGUUGGAGAUUAUUUGUGAUGAUCAAAGGUGUCAUUCAACAGCGUAUUUCUUGUUUAAGUAUUCCACUUAUUAUUUUUUUUAAUUGCUUCAUGCCACUAUAUGAUGCAGCAACUGAGCGGUUCCCAAUGUUGUUGUGGUAUACAUGUAUAAUCAGUAUUUCAUUGGAAGCGAGUUAUUUACAGAAGCUGUGUACAAUCUGCUGUUAUCUCAAGGCCUGUGAUUACACUUGGCCUUUUUUGCAAUUUACAGAUUGCAACACAAUACACUGGAAUUACUUUUAUGUGCAGGUAUCUUUAUCUACAGCCGGUAUAUACCGUUAACUCUUUCUGUACCGGGGGUGAACAGUUACUUAAAUGGCAUUCAGUGGGUUAAAAGCUGGCUUCCUCUCAGCCGUAAUGAAGGACAAGACAUCUUCCUGUGUGUUGGACAUUAAUCCAGGCAAUGUGUUAACCAUUUGGGCACCUUUUGUAACCUAGAUUUUGCUCUUUCAGUGUUUUCUCAUUUUGAAAGGAUUGAUACGAAUGUUUUCCUCUUUAACCCCUUAAGGACACAUGACGUGUGACAUGUCAUGAUUCCCUUUUAUUCCACAAGUUUGGUCCUUAAGGGGUUAAAAAGAAUUGUUAAUGUUUCGGUUUUGUUGCUGUGUAGAAUAUUCAACCCAGCAGCAAUCUCCGUAUUAUAUAAGAGAGUGUGAAUUGGGAUUUCAAAUGUUAGGCAAAAGUAGCCGAAGUGAAAACAUAGGUGACUUGUUUCCAAAUCUGAUAGUUUGGCCUAACAUUUUCAUUAACGUGAUAUUUAUUUAUUUCACUUAGAAUUUUUGGCAUUUCACAAAUUAUUGCUUAACCCUGUGUGUGUGUGUGUGUGUUUUUACAAUCAAAAGACAAAAUGUAUGUAUAACCCACUUACCUUUCUUUUGCACACUCCAAGUGUGUUUUUUUUUUUUUUCGUUUUGUUUUUAUUUAUUUUUUAUUGUAUUUAAAGGAAUUGUAUAGUGUUAGUAAUACAAAUCUGUGUAUUCUUAACACUAUCAAGCCAUCUGCUCCUCUCCCCCAGCAUCCAAUUUAGCUUCCUCUGACGGGGGGAGGGGGGGAGAGAGACGACUAAUGCACAUGCGUAGCGAGCACAUUAGGCCCUCCCAAUAGGAAAGCAUUGCUUCAAUUCUUUCCUAUGGGGAUUUUACAGACUCUGCAGAACGUGAGGAUGUCCAGCGUCAUCUAGGGGACCAAAAAUCUGUUAGUUGCAGGAAGUGCCUCUUGUGGCCGUCUGACAGCCACUAGAGGCAGUCUUAGUCCUGCAAAGUAAUUAUUGUCGUUUAACAGCCAUGGUUUACAUUGCAGAACUAAGUAGGACCGGUCGGGCGCCUAUCUCCAUACAAUAAGCGGCGAGUGAGCUGAGUGCUCUCUGCUUCAUCUCGCCGCGCGCCGUUUGCUGAUGGCGGGAGCCGGAAUAUGACGUCAUAUUCCGUCUCCCAGCUACAGCAGACAGCCCGCGCGGCGCAAGGAAGCAGAGAGCACACAGCUCCCUCGCCGCUUGUUGUAUGGAGAGAGGCGCCUGACCCACUGGACCCCAGGGACAAGUCCACGCCAGCUCUCCAGGUAGGGAGGCUGGGUGGACAAUUUUUAAUUAAAAAUAAAAUAAUUUGUGAAUGUAUAGUGUGUGUGUGUGUGUGUGUGUGUGUGUGUCUGUGAAUGUGUGUGUGUGUCUGUGAAUGUGUGUGUGUGUCUGUGAAUGUGUGUGUGUGUCUGAGUGUGUGUGUGUGUCUGAGUGUAUGUCUGUGAGUGUGUGUGUGUGUGUCUGUAAGUUUGUGUCUGUGUAUGUAUGUGUGUAUUAAUAUAUAUUUUAUUAUUUAUUUAUUUUUUGGGAGGGGGGGGGAAAUCUUGGGAGAGUUCCCACACUUUAUUCCCCGGAUCUCCCCUGUCGGCUCAUGCAGAGCUGGCGCUAUCUGAGUGCCGGCUCUUCUCUAAGCCUCCAUGGGCCGGCGGGGAAAUCAAAGAUCUACCUCACCAGCCCACAGCAGCAUGGAGGGAGGCAGGAGAGGACCCGGGGAGCUCUAGACAGAAGCUCCGCCAGGUUAUUUUCGCGAGAUCUGAGCGUUGCCGCGGCAAUGCUCAGAUCUCGCGAGAGUGAACUCUAGCCCCGCAGGCUAGAGUUCCCUCUCCCUUGGACAGCAAGGAUCCCCCCUCCCUACAUAAGGUAAAAAGGGAGGGGGGUUAUUUACUAAUCUGCCCCCACCUUCACAAUCCCUCCAAACAUACAGCACCCUAACACAAAGAGUGUGCACAAACAGCACCCACACACAUACAGCACCUACAUAGCACCCUCACACACAUACACACAGCACACUAACAGCACCCUCACAAACACACAACACACAACACCCUCACACACAGCACACUAACAGCACCCUCACAAACACAUAUCCCACUAACAGCGCCCUCACUCACACAGCGCACUAACAGCACACACCCACACACACAAACAGCAGUAUAUGUAUGUUUGUAUGUAUGUGUGUGUGUAUGUAUGUAUGAUAUAUAUAUGUGUGUGUGUGUGUGUGUGUGUGUGUAUAUAUAUGUAAAAAACAGAUAAAAUUCUUAUCUUGUAAUACCUUUUUUUAUUGGACUAACAGAAUUUUUUUUAAUGACAAGCUUUCGGGAGAACCUCCCUUUCUCAAGUCUGAGGAAAUGCUUCAGAUUUGAGAAAGGGAGGUUCUCUCGAAAGCUUGUCAUUAAAAAAAUUCUGUUAGUCCAAUAAAAAAGGUAUUACAAGAUAAGAAUUUUAUCUGUUUUUUUUACAUCUACAUCACUGGACUAAUACGGCUACAAUCUCUACUUGAACAUAUAUAUAUAUACAUACAUACAUACAUACAUACAUACAUACAUACAUACACAUAUAUAUAUAUAUAUAUUUUACAUGCGGCUUGUGUUUGUGCUUUAGGGUGCACACCCUAAUGCAAUAGUCUGCGCACGUCUAUGCCCUGAGGUACCCCACUGGUAACUAGGCCUUGCUUUAACAUCAUAUAGGUAGGAAGGCACUAAGGUGUCAAUGACAGAACUCCUGGCAGAAUUUCCAUUCAAGUUAAUAGAAGCACUUGUUGCUGUACUUGCCCAUGUGCCAAUACUUCACAAAUUCACAUUUGGAAUCCUGGAUGGUGAUUGGUUCCCCUAUUCACCUUCUAUUUUGCUGUAGAUUGGGUGAAGUGACUUGUUGUUCCAGGUAAAAUCUCAAAUAAAGACAUUUAGGGGACUUUUUUAAAAUUUAUUUUUAAAUCCAUCUUGUAAAACGAAUUAAAUACAUUAAAACCUGGUGUUUAGAUGUUCAAAUCCAGCCGAACACACAAUAAAAUGGCCUUUUUGCCAAGGUGGUAGUAAGAUUUUUAUGGGGUUUUUAGGUGCUCACCCCUCUUUUUGUCAAAUCAUUUUCAAGUGAUAAAAAUUGGGGCACCUAAAAUGUAGCGUGUCUACUGCUGGUAUUAUUAAAGCUGUACUUCAACAUUCUACGUCCAACCUUUAUUGGCACUGAGCUAAUCUACCCCACCAAUCUGGUGUGUGCGUGUGUUGCGUAUCCUUUUUUUUUGGGGUGGGGGGGGGUACCUAAAAUAAGCAAAUUUUUUGGUUCACAAAUGGGUGAAAUUUCUGAAAGUUGUUGCUACAAAUUUCUGUUAGUCCAAUAAAAAAGGUAUUCUAAUAAACUGCAAGAAUUUAUUUUGCAACUUAAUUACUGGACGAAUACACCAACUUGAAUAUGAUGACAUUGAUGAACAAAAUGUGUGUAUAUAAUUUACACCAUCACAGCUGAUGUGAAUGCAUACCCCCUGUUAGUAAUUAUACAUAGCUUGUUGUUUCUAUACUGUUGGCAAUAAUUGUAAGCUAUAUAGAGAGAUGAACAUAACCUGGAAAUAAAUUGGGAUUUGAGCUGUGAAAGUCUACAAGAGUAUAAAAUCUGGGAGCUUGGUUUUCCCUCCUUCCCCGCAGGAAGUAGAAAAAGUAUUCUGUGAGUCUCUCUGCGCUGCCAAAAUAUGCCAGGAAUGUGUGUAAGAUUUUAAUUUUUUUUUUUUGCCUGUUCCAGAGCUGCCGUUUUGAGUCAAUACUUUGUAUGAAACAACUGAGCCCUUGUACACCUGGCUCAGGGGGAAAUGAAGAGACAGACCUUUGCGUCUCUUGACGUAGGCUUUUUAUAAAUGAGGGGUUUCAUAUGGGAUUUUUUUUUUUUUUUUUUUUUUUUUUUUCUGUACUGCUUAGUGCCACGUUUCCAAAACUGAAAGGAACUGUACUGCAGAUGGGAGGGCGAAAGGGAAACAAAAAAAAAAAUCCCUAGUGCAAUAUCGUUUGGCCUCUUGCUUUCAAUGAAUGCAGAAGUGAGGUUUCCUUUUAGAAACUUGUUUGUUAAACAGACACAAAUUCAGGUUUCAAUUAACGUUUGCGUGAACAGCUGUGUCAUUCUAUAUUAUAUAUAGAGGAUACAGAAUGGCGAUCUGUAUUUAAUGAGAAAAUAAUGCCAUUGAGGGAUUCUGGAGACCGAAGGUCUAAAUGUCUCUAAAUACCCAAGAUGGAAUUAUGAUAUGAUAUCCCCUUAAUGCGUGUUUGUUUUUUUUAAAUUAAUUUGUGUGUGUGUGUGUAUGUGUGUGUGUGUGUGUGUGUGUGUGUGUGUGUGUGUGUGUAUAUAUAUAUAUAUAUAUAUAUAUGUGUGUGUGUGUGUGUGUAUAUGUAUAUAUAUGUAUGUAUAUAUAUUAUAUUGUGUGUGUAUGUAUAUUACAUAAUAUUUUUAGCUUGGAGCUCAUGUAAGUGUUCACGUUGUGCAGGGGUUAAUGAUUACAACAUAUAGGUGUCUCAUGUUUUAAUAUGUAGUGUAGUGUGUCAUGGCACUGAAGGGGUUAGUGAGCGGAUUGUAUUUAUGACAGCAGAGAGAUCUACCUUUCCCAGUGCUGCCUGAAAUUAGUGGGAGUUACCUUUCUGGCUGUCCGCUAUUUCAACAGCUCAACUGCAGGGAUAUCCUGACCAUCCAUGUAAUAUUGGAGUCUAGAAUAUGAUCUGCCAUUUGGGACAAAUUUCAAUUUUGUUAUUUUUUAACACGCGCUAUUGCAUUGUUUUAUCCAGUUUAAAGGAUGACUUUGAAUCAUGGUAAAUCUAGUUCGCAUUUGCAUUAAGGCCAAAUCUUGGCUAUUAAGUUUGUAGCCAAGGAUUCCCAUGCUUUAUUUAUUAGGAAUCUACCUGUGUAUGUAAUGAUGAAUUCUAAAAUAAAAAAUUCAAAAAUCUAUGUAAAAUACUUAUACGCCUGAUUUGUGAUUCGAGCUAAAAACUUUGCAUUUUUAGUUCGAAAUGGCAAAGUUAGGGAAUUUUUUUUUUUUAUUUUUUUUUUUUCCUAAAACUUUUUUCAAUUAGAUCGGUCUGAUUCUACACCAGACUUUAACUGUUUAAAGGGAUUCUAUAGUGUUGGCAAACCAGAUUUCUAUUCCUAACACUUUUUUAAAUCCCUCUGGUCCCUCCCUCACACUCUUCUCCCUCCAUCUGGCAGCUAAAAGGUUAAAAAAACAUUUAGUCAAUUACCUGCUUCCUGCGUCGAUCGAUGCCCCUCAGCGCUGAGUGGGCACUCCGCCACCUUUGAUGUCAUCCAACGAGGAUGCAUUACGCCCUCCCCGCAGGAAAGCAUUGAUUCUAUGAUUUUUCGAACGCUGGAUGUCCCCAUACAGAGCGUGAGGACGUCCAUAUUCAGUUAGGUGACCUAAAGUUUGUUAGCAACCAGGAAGUGCCUCUAGUGGCUGUGUUAUUUUUAUUAUUUUUUUUUUUAAAACUGCAAUGAUUUACAUUGCAGGACUAAUUCGGACAGGGACACUGCACCCAGACCACUUCAAUUAUAUGAAGUGGUCUAGGUGACGGUAGUGCCCUUUUAAUGAGAGAAGGCAGGUAGCAUUAUCUCCAUCUGCUGUGGACUGCAACUCCCAUUAUGCUUUUGGGUUUAUGACUGUCUGAAAAUCAUUGUUUCAGAUUACAGCUUUGCGUUUCCAGGAGAUUGUUCUGGGGCUUGAUGGUUACAUUUGCGGGAUCACUGGAUCAGCUCAAUUUAUGCGUGUUCCCACGUAUCUCCAUCAGCUGCCAUUGUUUAAAUGUUCGUAAAAUUAAACCCCCCCGCCUUCAUUCAGCGUCCACUUUGAAUAUUUUAAUUUUAAGAACCGGAAGAGGGGCUCUUUGAUAUUGGAUCUGUUGGUCGGCACCUAGAAGCCACGAGUUUCAUAGAGAAAAGAUUCUCUACACUCUGGUUUAAUGAAUCAGAUUUGAAAUUUUGCAUGGUCCCCCAUGGAUUCUUGUUGCUAAAAUAAAUUAAAAGCCAUGGUCCACCUGCUGUCUUUUACUUCCAGUAAGAAAUAGGUCCAAGAGAGGGACAUGGUCUCAGCCCCCUGGUCACAAGGACCACUAAAGUCACCCAGACCACUUAUUGUCUCCCUGAUAGCCCCUUGAGGCGUUUCCUCUACGACUGCGUGAAAACCGUGUCUUGGGACCAAAUGCAACUUAUAGGAUUGAAUAUUUAUUCCUGACAUUUACACUAACCAGAUGUUUCCUAGGUUAAAGUGUGCAGCCAAGGUACGUAGAAAUACUUAGCUACGUGACCCUUCCAUUGAGUGAUCUUCCCAAAAUGUAUUGCGGUUGUUAUUAUAUCUUUAUCAAAAGCAUGAAUGGUAUAGAACUCUUAACGUGCUAUUCACUCCAUAGUGAUGUGUAUUUUCACUCGGCCUCAGUGUCCCCUAUUAAGUUCCGCAAUAAGGAAUGGAGGGGGUGACGGGGGGUUGACGUGCAGUUUCCAUAUCUUGGGGGAAGUUCUAGAGCUCUAUCUGUUUUCAACAGUUCUGUUUUUUUUUUUCAAUAACUCGAGUUUCCAAUUACGAACAAUAUACCUAAUGUAUUUUGUUGUGCUGUGUCACAGGCUGGAUUACCUAGCAGAAGAAUGAUGAGCGCAUUUUAGAAUUGGAAAAAUCUAUUUUUUUUUUUUUUUUUUCUCCCCUGUCUUAUAGCGGCAGUACAUGUGGGUAUUCACCUUCUAAUGGACAAGGACACAUGUGGAGCACUUUCACAUGUGCAUAAAUGCCCUGCAAUGGUCUCUCACAGCAGUGCACACACUUACAAGAAAUCAUCGCAGCCCUCCGUUGCUGUACUAGGAUUAAAGGACUUGGGUGAAUACUAGGAUUGAUGGUGAAGAGUGUAGAAUUUCAAUUUGUGAAUUUUGACAUUGGAGGCUCCAUGGUUGGACUUUGUAGAGUUUGAAACCCAAAGAUUCCUUCAACUGUAACCUUGACUGUAAGAUGUAGUGGUUAUGGUGCUUGGUCUCCCUUUAAUUAUGUUAAUUAUGCGCUUGGAGGCAUUUGGAUGGUGUCACAGAUCUGGAACUUCUGAAAGCCAAAUGCAAUGCUUUACUAAAUUCAUUAAAGCCUGUUAAUCGGACAUGCCAUAUUUGAAGCCACAAGUAAAGUUUUGUGAGAGAACAGGAUAUCCUGUUCCCAGGUGAUUCUAUUGUUUUGGAUGUCUGUAGUUUGUGGACACCACACAUUGCUGUGCAUUGUAUAACUAAGGCACCGUGCCAUGCCAUUGUGACACUCACAACCAGCCUAUUAAAGGUGUAGCCUUUACACUGCUUGGUAAAUUUUAUCCCAUGAUCCAUCACAUUCAGAAAAUGGAAUGUGACAUUUUACUUAUUUUAGAACCAUGCUAUAAUGCUCCAAGCGUUGCCACUAGCCCAGCUUUUUUUGUGUGUGACCUUUCUUGCGUUUCAUCAUGCAGGUUUAUUUUUCCUCCUUUUUAGAGGCCCCUAGUAGAUUUUGUUUCGGAGUGAACCUUGCUUUAUACACUGGGUAAAUCAACCAAGGUUGAACUUGAUGAAACUGUAGUCGUAUUUUUUUUUUUUUUAAACCUAAACUAGACUAUGUAGUCUAAAUCUAGAAUGUAGUCUCAUAACUCCCAGCAUUUGUAGGAAUUAAUUGUAAAUGGAAGCAAUCGCUGGUGAAUAGUGAUGUCCCGAACGGUUCGCCGCAGACGGCGAACAUAUGCGCUGUUCGGUCCGUCAUCAUUGAGUAAACUUUGACCCUGUACCUCACAGUCAGCAGCAGGGCCGGACUGGGAAAAAAAUUAGGCCCGGGCAUUUUUCAAUCAGAGCGGCCCCCUAAGAAGGGGGCGGGGCCUGAGAGGGUGUGUUUUGUCAUCACUAAUGACAAGCACGCCUCCUCUCAAAGUGAGCAUGUUGGUUCAAUGCGCAGAGCUGCGCUGAAGAGCUCUGGCAUUAGAAAAAGGCCCUGUAUUUGUUCUGCACAGCGCAAGCAAAUUUAAUAACAUGCUUGCGCUGUGUUUGCUUUUAAAUUGUCUCUGGUGUCUCAACAAGUGGGAUACCAGAGGACAAAAGGGCCAGGAAAGUGUAUGGUGCAUGUGUUUGGAGCCUGCUUGUGGGAUUGCGUGGGUGUAGAGUGUGGUGUGGUAUUGUGUAAAUAGGUCAAUUUAAUUUGUGUUUGUGGUGUAAUAUGUGUGGCUAGGGGCUGUAGAGAGUGUGUGUAUAGGGGGCAUAGUGUUAUAGGGGAUGUAGCGAGUGUGUGCAUACGGGCUGUAGUGUGUGUGUGUAUAGGUGACGUAGAGAGGGUGUGUUUAGAGAAUGUUGUAUUUGUUUGCUGACAAGGAAUGUAGUGUGUGUGUGUGUGUGUAGGUGGUGCAGUGUGUGUGUGUAGGAGAUCUAGUGUGUAAAGGACCCAGAGUGUGUAUAGGAGAGUGUGUGUGUGUGUGUGUGUGGAGGUGAUGUGUGUGUGUGAUUUUUUUUUUUUUUAAAUUACAUUUUUUUUUUUUAUUAAUAAUUUAAAAAAAAGUUAUAUCCCCCCCCUCCCUUCUUACCUUUAGCCUGGGAGGGGGGGAACCGUUUUGCCUGGGACAGGGGGGAGCCGUUCUGCCAUGGGAGAGCCAUGCUGCCUGAUCCCUGGUGGUCCUAGUGGUGAGCGUGAACUCUAGCCUGUAGGCUAGAGUUCACUCUCGCGAGAUCUGAGCGAUCCCGCGAGAGGACCCGGCGGAGCUGCUGGAUAGAGCUCCGCCGGUCCUCUCCCUCCUCCCUCACACCCCAGCAAGUGGCCGCCUGGAAGUGUCUCUCGGCCGGUAAAGGGAGAUCUUUGAUCUCCCCACCGGCCCAUGGAGACACACAGCAGGGCCGGCGCUCGGGUAGCGCUGGCCCUGCAGGAGCCGGCCGGGGAGAUCCUGUGAUCUCCCUGCCGGCCUCGGCCCCACGGCCAUCGCGGCCCACCGGGCAUUUGCCCGGUAUGCCCGAUGGCCAGUCCGGGCCUGGUCAGCAGACCCUCCCUCCCAGACCCUCCCACCUCCUGGACAGCAUCCAUUUUACAUUCAUUGUGAAGCUGCAUUUUUAGUGAGCAGUCCGGGUGGGAGGGUCUGGGAGGGAGGGUCUGCUGCUGAUUGGCUGGAAUGUGUCUGCUGACUGUGAGGUACAGGGUCAAAGUUUACUCAAUUAUGAUGAAUAGGGGGCGGACCGAACAGCGCAUAUGUUCGCCGUCUGUGGCGAACCGUUCGGGACAUCAUUACUGGUGAAUAGAGGAUUGUCACCCAGUGAAACCCAUGCCCCAAAUGCUGCUUUAACUGUUUUGCAUGUGCUGAUGUACCUUGGUAAAGCCAUGUAAAGCUACUAGACACCAUACCUCCGAACAAUGGUACGUAGGAAAACUAGAUGGGUGGACGGGGCACAACUUGUGUCAUUGGUGACCCAAUAAUGGAUGUUAUCGCAUAUUGAAGAAGCAUUCCAGGAUGAUAGACCACCUGCCGGCCGCCCCCCAACCUGCAGGACAAUGCAGAGAGCAAUGCGGAAGGUCUCAAUGCACGAUCCCAUUGCACAUCGCGAGUGUGUCUAAUGAUGUGCUCAGACAUUUCUAAAUCUGGAGAGUGGGACAGGACCUCAAAUUCAGGACUGCCUCACUCUCAGGACAGUUGGGAUCCCUGGGACACCAAAGAAAUUCAGAUCCGAGCCAAGCUGCUAUAGACUUCUACCUGCCGUGCCAUACAUUAACAUACAGACGUUUACUGUGAAUCUUUAAUGCAAACAUAAAAUGCUGGUCUCCAGUAAGUGUCCAGUGGUGUAAGUAAAUCCAGAAAAGGGAGGGUUGUACAUCUCAUUACUCACAAUCUCUCUUCAAUGGACGCUUUGUGCUGUGAGAUCACUUUAUGUGGGAAAGUAUCUGUAGCAAGGAUGGGAAAUUCCUGAGCACAGGAGAAGCCAGACUCCAACAUUUUUAUACUUUUCUAGAAUUUAUCCUUCUAUUCUGUGUUUUCCUAAAUGCUGUGCCGUCACUCAGAUUUUCCGUCUUUACUGCUGGAUCGCACAAUAUUGACCUUUCCGCUGGCCGGCCACACUGUCUGGCUUCUUCUCCCAGCUGAUUUCACACCUGCCGGAAUCCUGAAAUGUGCAGAUACUUUUGCAUUUAUAUACAGUAUCUCACAAAAGUGACAGUGUAAAUUUGGUGUCCCCUCAAAAUAACUCCACACACAGCCAUUAAUGUCUAAACAGUUGGCAACAAAAGUGAGUACACCCCUAAGUAGGAAAUGUCCAAAUUGGGCUCAAAGUGUCAAUAUUUUGUGUGGCCACCAUUAUUUUUCAGCACUGCCUUAACCCUCAUGGGCAUGGAGUUCACCAGAACUUCACAGGUUGCCACUGGAGUCCUCUUCCAUGACAACAUCACGGAGCUGGUGGAUGUUAGAGACCUUGCGCUCCCCCACCUUCCUUUUAAGAAUGCCCCACAGAUGCUCAAUAGAGUUUAGGUCUGAAGACAUGCUUGGCAAGUCCAUCACCUUUAACUUCAGCUUCUUCACUUCUUUGGUCGACCAUAACGAUGCCUCUUGUGAAUGGAACCUGCCCUGUGAAACCGCUGUAUGGUUUUGUCCACCAUGCUGCAGCUCAGUUUCAGGGUCUUGGCAAUCUUCCUAUAGCCUAGUCCAUCUUUAUGUAGAGCAACAAUUCUUUUUUUCAGAUCCUCAGAGAGUUCUUUGCCAUGAGGUGCCAUGUUGAACUUCCAGUGACCAGUAUGAGAGAGUGUGAGAGCGAUAACACCAAAUUUAACACACCUGCUCCCCAUUCACAACUGAGACCUUGCAACACUAACAAGUCACAUGACACUGGGGAGGAAAAAUGGCUAAUUGGGCCCAAUUUGGACAUUUCCCACUUAGGGGUGUACUCACUUUUGUUGCCAAAGAUUUAGACAUUAAUGGCUGUGUGUGGAGUUAUUUUGAGGGGACAGCAAACUUACACUGUUAUACAGGCUGUACACUUACUACUUUACAUUGUAGCAGAGUGUCAUUUAUUCAGUGUUGUCACAUGAAAAGAUAUAAUAAAAUAUUUAUAAAAAUGUGAGGGGUGUACUCACUUAUGUAAGAUACUGUAUGAGAGAUUAUAUAAAGUUUUCUCCUUCUGAUAUAAUGUUCUGAAAUCAAUGGAACUUUCUUAGUAAAUCCCAAUGUCUGUGGGAUAUUCAGAGCAGCGGAAAGCAAAGGCUGAUUUCUGCUGCAGACUGUGCGAUAGCGGCCUCGGAGUCUUUUGUCUUUUUGGAAUAUUGAGGUUCAUUCAGGAGACUCGAUAUCGACUCAAUCAAUCUAAUAGAGUAACAGUAACUCAACACCAGCCCCGACUAUUCCUUUGCAUAUUCUGUUACCAGCAUGUUUAGUGUGUUUAUUGUCUUCCCUAUUUGUAGCCAUAAUGAAGAAGUGAAAUGCGUACCUCCCAACAUGUCAAUUGGACAAAAAGGGACGCGGUAAUUCUAGGGGUACGAGUGGGAGUGUGGCCAGGGCUGUUGUGAAAUAUUUGUGAUAUACUAACAAAUUAUACGACUACAAUUAUUUAGUACAAGAACAAUGUAUCUUAUUUACACAGACUGAUUUCCAAAAACAUUUAUUGCACUUUAAAGACACAUUACUGGGAGUAUUAUUGCUGUGGAGCUCUGUUAUGCACUCAGACAUCAACAAUAUGGAUCUCCUAGAAAAGAGGGACAUUAGUCUUUUGGCUAAAAAUAGGGACUGUCCCUCCUAAAUAAGGACACUUGGCAGUUAUGCAAAUGUCUUGGCAGCAGCAAAGUUUGGGUUUCAGAGGGAGCCCUGUUUUUUUGGCUAUCCAAUCUAAUGGUAUACCAAAGAAAAUAACAAAUGGACUGCAUUUGAUACUGUGUCCCUUUUUUAUAUUUAUAAUUAUAUAUAAUAUAUUUGUUUGAUUCUGAAUCACUUGCUUAUCUAAUCUUGUCUGUUUUUCCGCAGGUCACGGCGAAAACUGCCUUUAUCUUUAUUUUACCUCAGUAUAACAGCAGCAUACAGUCACUAGGUAAGUGGAGCUCCGAUGGGUUUGUGUUCAUUAUAUGAAGUAAAGUGAGCGACAGACAAUGCUGGGAGGGAGCACGUAACGCAGUUUGACUCGGGAGCUGAAUGAAGGAUUUCACUGGCGAUUAAAGGGUUUCUUCCAUGCAUACCUACGGUUAACGGAACAAUUAGGGCACUGGUUUAGGUUCUUUCAGUUUUGUCUCUAUUUAAAUAAUCUUAUCUCUGUGAAAUAUGGUGGUUACUCUGUAUCUAGCCGGUUUCAGUCUCAGUUUAGCAAUCCUGACAUAGCCGCUAUUAUGGUUACUGCAUACAGGAUAUAUUUAUCAUUUAUUUCACACGAACAGAUUUACUUGUAUCUUGUCAGCUUUCAUUAGAGUAGAGGCAGGUGCUCUACUUAUACUGUGUGUGUGUGUGUGUGUGUAUAUAGGUGUGGUGUGUGUGUGUGUGUGUGUGUGUGUGUGUGUGUAUAUAUAUAUAUAUAUAUAUAUAAUGUGUGUGUAUAUUUAUAUCAUUUUGUGUUUAAUUUACUAGUUACAUUCGGGUAGCGGGAAGUACACUGGUGUUUUUUAUAAAACUCUGCAUUGCAGCAGUUACCUUGUUAGUAAUUUAUCAUUUUCUCGUACUCCCCAACAUUAGCAUCACAUUGUACGGGACAGAGAAAGGAGUUGCGUCAUUGAUUCCUCCCAAAGCUGAUUUCCACUCACACAGGAUGGCCCAUUGAGGACUGACCAUGAAGGAAGCAGUAUUUUAAUGCUCUCUGUAUGGUCCUGGAGCCCUAAACAUAGUUUGAGCACCUAAUGAUGUGCUUGAUCUAUACUUUGUGGAGACAGGUCCCUGGGGUCCUGAUUAUAGGGGACGGCGGGACACGACCAUAAAAUCGUGACUGUCCUUGAUAAAUCAGGUUGGUUGGGAGGGCUGUCUCAGUAUCUCCCAACCACACCCCUACCUUGGGGUUAAAAUGUGGUCGCUAGUUUCUACUUCUGUUUUUCUGGUGACUCUCUCACCUAUAUACCGCUUUAUAAGUUACUCUUCCCAUUUUCGGCCUGCUUUAUAUAGCAUUCUGCAUCAUCUGCAGUUUUGGGAUAUGACUGAUGCCUUUCCAAAAAAAGAACGGCUCUGUCUGGGAAUGAAUCUUCUAAAAUAUUGAUGAGUAAUAAUCAGCUUGGACUAGAAAUGUAUACAAAAGAAUUUACAGAGGAGGACAAAAGAUAAAUAUACACUAAAACUACAUACAGCCUUUAACCCAGACGGCUUCCAUUGCAAGCUUGUCUGUUGCUAAAUAUUGCAGUUUUAGCACUAGUGGGACCUAAAGUGACAGCUUUAUUCACUUCCUGAUAUCAGAACCAUGUGAAUGGAUGUUGUAACCUUUCUGAUUGUGCAUCUGUUGAAAGGACACAUUAUUCAGACUCCCUGAGCACCUCUUCCCGGGGCUCCUGAAUGGCUGCACCUCUUCCACCCCGGGCUCCUGAAUGGCAGCACCUCUCCACCCCUCCCCCCCUCCCAGGGCUCCUGAAUGGCAGCACCUCUCCUCCAGGGCUCCUGAAUGGCAGCACCUCUCCUCCCGGGCUCCUGAAUGGCAGCACCUCUUCCAGCCCAGCCCCCCAGGCUCCAGUCUGACUCUGCCCAGUUACUAAACACUGCGGUAGAUUGAUUGCAUUGUGAUGGAUUUUAUAGUUUAACUAAAAGAGGCACAGACUGUUUCCUGUUCCCUUACAUGUAUUUCUUUCUUUUUUUUUCAGACGGUGAGAUUGUUUACUAUCAUUAUGGGGUGAAAGACUUGGUCACCAUUUUGUUUUAUAUCUGCAUUACCCUCAUUAUACAUGCAGUGGUGCAAGAAUACUUUCUUGAUGUAAGUUACACAACUGAGGAGCCCAACCUGUCCAUUUUCUCGGCCUGUGUUAGUACGUAACUAUAUAAAAGAUUUAGUUAAUUUAAGCCUUUCACACAUUUCUGUUCUUUCUGUUAAUCUAGGCUCACUUUUACUGCACACUUUUGGUGAAAUUCAUAAAUAAGAGGUGGCUAUUGAGUUCUUGACUUCCUAAUUUAAAUUCUGUGCGUAUAUUAUAUGCAUGGGCUCCUUCAUUGGCUGAGAGUGCUCAAUUGAUGAACUGUUGUAUUGCCAUCCAGCUCUUGUAGCUGUAUAAAAACCAGAUGCUGCUCAGCCAUAAAAAAAAAAAUUAUACCUUUUAUUAAAUAUAUAUAUUUUAUUUUCAUUUAUGUAUUAUUGGUUUUUAACCAUUUUUCCUCUAUUGCUCACAUUUCACUUGAUCUGUGAAUAAAUAAUAUCAACAUGUAGUGAUUUCCCCCACCCCACAAACCAUCUCACAUUACAUGGUUCAGUCUGUCUUUGAUUCGGGUACAUUUUGGCUUGGACUUCAGAAAUUCAGGCAAUUAAUUCAAAUUUGGCCAAAUUGCAGUUCGGCCUGGAAUAAAAUCUAGUAUUUAAUUUUAUUUUAAAGCUGUGCAUGUUUUUAUUUAUUUUAUAGUGUGGGAAUAUUUAUUCAAAAAGUAAUUACUUGUGUAUCCAUUUCUGUAGAAAAUAAACAGACGUCUUCACCUGUCCAAAGUGAAGCAAAGUAGGUUCAAUGAAUCUGGCCAGCUGGCGGUAUUUCACCUUGUAUCCACGGUUUGGUGUCUGUAUGUAGCAGGAACAGUAAGUAUUAAAAUUUGCUUAUUGUUAACAUAAAUAUUCAAUAGUAAAAUGAAUGAUUUCUGUCUGGAGUUUUUGUGGGGGUGGGAGAGGUGGACAGAGACACAGUUAUUCUCAAGAGUAUAAAUGAAUAAAUGCUGUAGCUUUUGGGAAUGUCCUGUUAUUGAUAAGGGGUAUCUGGCCAAGGCUUGGUUUUGAGCCUAAAGAGGGACUACCCUCCAAUUUCUUACUAUAACUAUAGAUUGUUAGUUUGUUUAAAGAAGUCCAUAAAAACAAAACAAAAAAAAAACAACACAUUGUUUUGCCUGCUAUUGGGGAGCAUAUAUGUGGGGUUCCCUUUUUUCAAAUUGGAUACAUCAUAGAACUUCAAAAAGUGGGUGUAUAAGGGAAAAACAUAAAAUACAUACUAUAGACAUAGGAUGGUGCAGUAACCACUUUGCAACAUUUCUGAGGUAGCCAUUUUGUUUUUAUAAUAAACUACAGAUUGGUUUGAUUGUAUUUUUGUGCUAUGCUUUUUUUUUUUUUUAUGUAUUUAUUUAGUUUAUUUUAUUUUUCAGGAAGGUUAUUUAUCCAAUCCUAAAACACUAUGGGAAAGCUAUCCUCAUGUUUACCUUCCGUAAGUCUUAUUUUGGGUCAGUUUAUCAUUAACACACCUGGUGGGUACAGUUACAAAGCACACUGCUUUACAUGCCACCUAUACUCGUGAAGAUCAAAAAUAAAGCUACAUGGGUAUUUUGGUGAUGUGUAGACAAAAAAAGGUGGUAUUUUAGAAUUGUAUGGCAUGGCCACUCUAACGUGCACCGAUGGUAACCUAGGAACCUUAUGGGAAAUAUCCGAAACAGGAAGUGAGACAUACAAAGUGGUUUCUACCUUUUUAGAAUUCUAGAAUUAAAGGAAUCCCAUGCAUUCACUGAUAACGUCAUUAUUAAUACAUUGUUACUGUAAAUGUUAUAGAAUGUGCUAUAAGAGGAUGUUAAAGUAAUUUUAUAUUUUAACUUUAUUGUCCCUUAAAGUAUUUAAAUAUAAAGCACCAUUUACAUUACAUUAUUAUUCUGUUUCUAGAUUCCAAGUUAAGUUCUUCUACCUGUGUCAACUUGCAUACUGGCUGCAUGCGCUGCCCGAAUUGUACUUCCAGAAAGUGAAAAAGGUGAGUCUGUUGGGAGGUUUUUAAUUGGAGAUAAAUAAUUUAAUAUGGUUGCAAUAUAUUCCACAGUUCUGUAUAUUGGGUAAAUCAAGUAUACAAGUCAAAAGGCUGUCUGAGUGACUGUCACUAGAGGUGUUACUAGGCAGCAAUAUAAACACUGCAUUUUAUCUAAAAAGGCAGUGUUUACAUUGAAAAGGGUGCAGGGACAGACUAUAUAGACAUUACGCUGUAGUGGUUGUGGUGUUUAUAGUGUCCUUUGAAUAAUUGUAUUUGUGACUUUGAAAAACCCCGCUCCUAACUUCUUUUUAGCUAACUCAUAGAUGUCAACCAAAUGUGUUUUUUAAACUGCCCUAGAUUUCCACCAAAUCACAUUGUUUAUACAGUCCUAGUCUUACAUCCCUGCAUGUGACUUGCACAACCUUCCUAAACACAGCUUGUAAAGAGACCUCUAAUGUUUAAACUUCCUUUAUUGCAAAUUGUGUUUAAUUUAGAAUUUCUUAUCGCCUGCACUGUUGCUAGCUUGCUAGACCUUGCACCUUUUAUGUGAUUAAAGGUAAGCUAACAGAGCAGCAGAUAAACUUCUAAAGUAAUUUGAGUCACAGCCCGUGAGAGGUGUGGCUAUUUAUGGCUCCAUUAAAAAGAAAAACAAAAGUGAUUUGACACCUAAAUGGCAGAGACUUGAGCAGUGAGACUUCAGGGUCAUGAUCUGUACACACGAAUGGCUUCAUUAAGAUAAAGUUGUUUUGAUGUCUACAGCGUUCCUUUAAAAAAUGCACAUUUUUAAUAUUUUAAUUAGAUUUCUCAAAUAUCCUGGAGAAAAUCAUUUGGGAGGGAAACUCAUGAAAUUCACAGGGUUAUUGACUUAAAGCAAAUUUCAGAUUUAAGGGCAGAAUAGGCAAUUUUGACCUUUAACAUUUUAAUUCACUUUGCAUUCUUACUAGAAUUUGUGAAUUGAAAACCAAUUAAAUAGUGAGUUGUAUUUAUAGCAGAGUUGGAAAAUACGGUUUCGUAAUCAGCUUUUGUGUUGGGCGGUGGGGCCAUAAAUCCAAUGUUAAAUGCGAAUUGUCAAGGGAGAUGGUUGGUACUCGGAACACAGAUGCGUUCGGGAAAGAAAGCAAAAACAUUUUUAUUUUAUUUAUUUAUUUAAAAUCCCCGAAGUGUGGGAAUGUUAUUUUUUUCUGUUUUUUAUUUUUUUAUAGUUUAAAACCACAAAAGAAAACCUGCUUUCAUGACAAAACACAAGCCAUGUACAUUCUAACAAAGAACAGUGUCACAAUAUUCCUUUAACCCCUUAAGGACACAUGACAUGUCAUGAUUCCCUUUUAUUCCAGAAAUUUGGUCCUUAAGGGGUUAAUAUAAAAGUUUUUUUUUGUUUUGUUUUUUAAGAUAAAUAGCAUUCUGUCCAAUUUACAUAUGUGAAACCUAUGGGACUUGCCAGGUGAUUUUAUUUUAUUUAUUGCUGCACAAAGUCUACCUUGUUAGAUAAAGCGAGUACCGGCGGUUGUAGGGAGAGGAGAGACAGAAGGAAAGCCAGUUGGCUCUAAAACCUUAAACAUAAAAGAACUACAUACUGACUUGUCUGUCAAACUAAAGGAACAUUCUAAGCACCAUAACUACUACAGCUCAUUGCAAUUAUCAAAACGGCAAGUGAGGUACUUUGUUUUAGAUGAUGGGAGCGCCAUGUUUGUGUGUUUUGUGUUUUUUUGUUUAUAUUUUUUUUUUUACUUUUUCAGUUGCUUUGGCAUUUUGGUGAAACACCAGUACCUUCAGUAUGAGUAUUUCAGAAAGUGUUUAUAUUUAUGAUACACUCAGAAGUGACAGAUCUGGUUUAAACGUCCCUUUCCACUCAUGGUUUAUCUAACCAUGUCGAAUGAUCUGGUAAGACAGAGAAAGUGGUUGGUGUUGAUUUUAAAUAUAACUCGGUCUUCAGCCACCCUUGGGCCCCCAAUUGGGUGUAUGACCUUCCAGUGAGGACAGUAUCUGGGCAGGCCGUCUGUACCAUGUUUGGCGAGUGAGACCACAUGGUGGUCUGUAAUAAGUGGUUUUAUUCUUCCUUGGUGCCGCUUGCGGUAGGAAGUGCGUGUAUAAUUAGAAUGUGGUGGCUUCUGGAAAAGCUGUACCGCUUGUCUGGGAAUGAUAUAAACAGUGCAUCUCUGAAUCAGAUUUAACGGACUAUGUGAAAGCAAAUGGAACAUCUAACUUUGUGCGAAUGACUAGGGCCUCUCAACCCAAGACACACAAAGUAAGGUGUGGGGGAGCAGAUUUACCAACCAAGUGUUGGUUAAAAAUAAUAACGUCCAUUUAUUCUUAAUUUUCAUGAUUAAGUAUAGUAGUUACCCCUCUAUACUCAUUAUAAUUAGUUUAGCAUUUUUGUUUUUCAAAUUUUAUGUUGUAUCUAUCCUCUGUCCACUAGUCUCACUGGGAUUCACUUAAUCGCUGAUUCCACAGUUAAUUGUGCAGUUUGUGUGGAAGCGUGAUUAACUCUGUGUUUCUAUGUUAAAGGAUACCAUAUGUACCAAUAGAACUACAGCUUGUGUAGUGGUUAUGGUGUUUAGAGUGUCCCUUAAGAUCAUUCUUAGUUGAUUGACUGUCUUACUGGAAAACGCUGUUGUUUAAAUAUCCUAUUGCAUUUGGGGGAUUUUUGUAUUCAUUCCUGUAUUUAUUAAAAAAAAUAAAUAAAUAAAAAAAAAACCCCCGUCAACUUAAACUAGCUGAAUCAAAAUGUUUUGAUAUAAAACAAAAAACAUUGUGUGUGUGUGUGUGUGUGUGUGUGUGUGUGUGUGUGUGGUUUAAUCUCUUUAAAAACUGAAAAAGAUGUGGUGUCAUUUGCUGUAUAAUGUUAUGACCAAUAUUAACGUUUAGGGAAGGGUAUUUGUCACAUGUUUCAGUUAAAUGAAAUAUAUAAACUUUGACCUUGGUUUGCACAGCUAUCCACUAAAAGUUGAAUCCACAAAAUAGCUGCAGUAAAUCUGUAAUGUCCAGUGGUAGUUAUGGUGCAUGAUCUCUGAUAUAGCAUAGGCAUUCGGAUUUGAGAUUAUAAUGUGUCCUGGUUUGCAUGUCACAGUGCCCAUUAAUGUGAGGACAGAUCCAAUGGGGGCGGGGGGGAUGACUCCAUAUAGCCGCAUGAACCCUGGAUCGAGGAAAAUGCCAAAUCUUCUCCAAGAUGCUCAUUUGAACACUAAUGCAGAGAGAUCUCCCUGGCUUUACCUUCCAAGAGCAGUCUCCAUUGAAGUCCAUAAAGAACAGCGACUUUGAUAACUGCUCUUUAUCUCACUGGCCACGAUUUGCUUCGAAGGGUGCCAGAUUUUAGCAAUGGAGCUACUUGGGCAUUUUGUCAAGGUUUCACAUUCCCUGGGAACUCCGAAAUACCCAAUGAGUAAGGCGUUACCCCGGUUAGCUUACAAUAUUGUGUAAAUGCCAUACUACCCUGUUGUACUGGGUCAAGUGAGACAGUGCCAAUAUGCAACCCACAACUUGUUUUUUGUUUUUUUUUAAAAGGAAUACUCCUAAAAGGCAGCGCAAAUGUGUCGUUAAAUGUGCCAACCAAUGCAUGGUACUUCUACCUGCGCCAUUGUACUUCACCUGUACUCUUAAGCUGGCAGGGGGCAUAGGUUCUACAAACGUGGCGGUUUCUUUGCAAAUCGCUCUUUUUUGGGGGGGGGGGAUUGGGAGUGCAGUACAGUUAGAUCUCUAGAACUUGCUCUGCUCAAUAUAUCCCGGAGGCAUUGUGUGACCCCGUGAAGUUAAGAGAGUAAGUCAGAUCUCUACAGAAUUCAAUUUUUUUUUUAAAUUUAGUACUAAUAAUGAAUUUGCAGUAUCUGUAGACUACACUUGUUCCAGAUAAUUACACUUUACUUGUACAACCACUAGCAGGGCCAUACUGAGAAUCUGAUGGCAUUGAAAGAGAACGUGAUGUGCAUUUGAGGAAAAACUACAGUUGAACUACUAGUCCCAUGAUCCUCAACAAAACCCUAGCCCUAGUGUUAUUGGAACUGGAAUAUUUGAGUUUGUUGACAGUAUUGUAACUAUGGAUUCAAUUUUUAAAGGACCACUAUAGUCACCCAGACCACUUCAGCUCAAUGAAGUGGUCUGGGUGCCAGGUCCCUCUAGUUGUAACCCUGCAGCUGAAAACAUAGCAGCUUCAGAGAAACUGCUAUGUUUACAUUGCAGGGUUAAUCCAGCCUCUAGUGGCUGUCUCCCUGGCAGCCACUAGAGGUGCUUCCGCGAUUUACACAGAGUAAAUAGCACUUAUUUGACGCUGGACGUCCUCACGGACCUCCAGCACCAAAAAAGAUCCCCAUAGGAAAGCAUUAAGUAAUGCUUUCCUAUGGGCGGGUUUGAAUGCUCAUUCGUCAAUGGAAAAGGAGAGGUCACCAGUGCCGAGGGAGCCCGGCAUGCAUUAAGGUAAGCAAAUAAAUGGUUAAUCAUUUAUUCACCGCGGAAUGGGGCGUGACUAGGGCUCUAUAGCGUUAGGAAUAAAUAUUUCUAUUCCUAAUGCUAUAGUGUUCCUUUAAUAUUGUUGGAUAAGCUUUUCAAAUGAUUUAGUAUUUUUAUGUAAACUAUUAAUUUUAAAUUUUUUAUUAAAAUGUCAAACAGAAUGUCAUGUAUAAAAUAUAUGUAACCCCCCCCAAAAAAAACUAAAUUAUUGCCAAAUUUUAAAUAUUUUUCAUUAUAAUAAAUAAUUUUAAAAGGUUUUAUCCAAAAAUAUUACUUAUUUUUAAAAGCUCACCUAUAGAAAAUACCCUUUUAGUGAAUAAACCACUAAAGGGUUGGUCAGUGCAGCUAGUACCAGCCCUACCCUGGGAUUUAACCCCAUUAAUACAAAUAAGCAAAGAGGUAAUCCCUAUGAAGGGAAAUUAAAUGUGAUAAUACAUAUUAAUACAAGGUCUAAUUAGCGGUGUUAAUAAACAUACUGGACUCCAAGAUGCUGGGGGAAAUGGAUACAAAGUACCCAGUGGCUCUAAAUGCUUUAUUGAAACGCGCUAAUGAGGCCACUGGUGAUAACAAUAUACAGCUACUGUUAACAGAAUUGAAAUGUUGCCAAGGAUGAAUGAGUUAAUGUAAUAGGUAAUUGGUGAUAUAAGAAUAGCCUAUAUAACACGGAUUAUAACUGAGAACAAUUUAUCUACUAAUAAGGCAGUACAUUGAGGCCUAUGUCAGGAGUUUAGUAAUGGAUGCUAAGUGUAGCUGAGCAUCAUGGGGACUGGAGCCAAUAAACCUCAUCGAUGUCCAGUUUGUCCAUCACUACACUCGGCCUGUUUAAGAAGUUAAUGGUUUUGGGUUUUUUUCCAGGAGGAAAUUCCACGCCAGUUACAGUAUAUUGUUCUGUACAUCCUUCACAUAGCGGGAGCCUACCUACUGAAGUAAGUUACCUCUUUUUAAAAUGUCUAUGUUAAUUAAAUGAAGGAAAGCGACCCCUAUAAAUCUGUACAUUGUUAUGAGGAAUCUAUUUAAAAAAAAAAAAAAAAAAAAAAAUCCUGCGACCUGGCGCCUGGGAUUUAUCGAGCCUAGACAAAACCAAAUCUACAAAAAUAAAUACACGCAAUGGGAUAUAUGGUGGUAUUGUAACCCACACUGGGAGGUGAGAUGUUUUGGACUCACAAACAUAUGUUGGCAUAUCACAUUAAAAGCGGAUGUCGGUGGGGGAGGAGCGUGGGCGGAGCCUGACCCAUCGCCGAGGGACAUCGUGUCUGAAGGGGUUUUAACCACUUCAGCAAGGUGGGGACUCCAGGAUUCUGCAGUGCCAGGAAAAUGGGUUUGUUUUCCUGGCACUGGAGAAUCCCUUUAAUAUAACAUAACCCAGGGCUUGUCAAAUUUGCUUUCAAUCAAGAAGCCAGCUAAAAAAAAUUAGGAGACAGUUUUAUUUUUUUCCCACGUCAAAAAUAAAAUUCUUAAGGGGAACCUAUCGUCGCCAGAAAGACUACAGCUUAAUUUAGUGACUGGUGUUUAUAACCUGUCCCUGUAGCUUUUUCAAUGUAAGCUCUGCUUUUUCACAGAAAAGGCAGUGUUUACAUUGCUGCCUAGUAACACCUCUAGUGGCAGUCACUCAAACGGCCACUAAAGUGUCUCCUACAUUCAGCGGCGGCGCUGAACGUUCCCAUAGAGAUGCAUUGCUUUAAUGUUUCACUAUGCGGAAAUGUUGAUUGGCAAUUGAUAAUCUCAGUUAUGGAGGCGGGCCAGCUGUGACGAGACUGGCACCGCGUUGGAAAACAGGUGAGUAAAAACACCAUUCCCAUGCGAUCAGAGGGGGGCUGGUGACCUAAACAUACACAUUCACUGACACACACAGACAGAUACACACAUCCUCUCACACACUCACAAGAUAUUAUUUGAUACACACAAAGAAUCAUAGAUGUGUGUGUGCGCGCACCCUCGCACACACACACACACACACACACACACACACACACGUACAUAACAGAUGUACACGCAGAAAUAAAAGAAUACAUUUUUUUUAGCAACUCCUGUUUCCUUCAUUUUGGGCGCAGGAUAGUGGCUUCCCUGGGGUCCAGUGGGACUGGGCACAGCAGAAAACAUAUAUUGUGGUGCUGGCUGCACCUAAUGGGAGCAGCCACUAUCAAAACUCCUCUCCUCCACCUGUCUCGAUAUCACGUGCAGCUCACUGUGCACCGGGAGGAAGUGAAGGGAUCUGCAUUACUUCCUCCCGGCGCUGAAGCCGCGCAGGGGAAUGAUUGUGUGGGUGGCCGGGUCUAAUAUGUGGGCAGGUGGCGAACAGACUAUUUUGCCAGGUGUUCUGCUGUGCGGCCUUAGCGCCGGGAGAGAAUAAUUACAGUUCACUUCCUCCUGGUACGCCAGCUCACAGAGCGCUACACAGGGAUUGAGAUGGGUGGAGGGAACGGGCUGACCAAACCAAGGUGCCAGGGCAAAAUUCUUAGUUACCUGGCACCUGAGAGUUGUCGAACCCUGACAUAACCAGUCAAAAACAGAUCUACAAAAAUAAACACACGCAAUGGGACAUAGAGAGGUAUUGUAAUACACACUGAGGUGAGAUACUUUAUUGGGCUCACAAACACAUGUUGCUAGAAGGCAUAUCACACUCAAAGUGUAUCUUUAAAUCUCUUUACUCUUAUUACAAUAUGGAAAUACCAGAAUACAAAUAAGAGGCAAAUACAUAGAGUAAUAUUGCCACAUAUCAAACCAUUUUAUUACGAUUGCACUUACAGGAUUCCAAAUGACAUGGAGCAUGUAGAAAAUAUCUGCUGACCAGCAAAAUCUUCAGGACUUUACUCCAGAGGGGAAGAUAAAACUGGGCCUCAAAAAAAACAAACUAGCUCCAACAAUACAUACAACAAAUAAAAAGCUUAAAAACGUAAAUAAAAAGUCCACAAGUAAAAGGCAGCCCUACGCGUUUCAUCUGAUUCCUUCAGACUUUUUCAGGGCAAAAGCUCAGUCUCUCUUCUGAACGCUAAGAUUGUUCAGUGAGUUCAGAUGCCCCAAUAGGGCAUAUUACACAACCCCCCUCACUCAAAAGGGUUAAUUAUAUGAACUCCAUGAGGUCCACAGUAUUUUCAUUUAUAACAGCAGCACUUUCAAACCACUUCUCAUGAAUCUCGUAAAGGUCCAGGUUUUAUCAGUGUGCUCGCUGAGGCAGCAUAGGGAACCUUAACAGGUUAUUUACUGAAAAGAGAAUUCAAAGGGAAUUUUAAAUUUAAGGCCAAAAUAGAUGAACUGGACACUUUCACUAGUCAGCUGUGCUUCCAGUUUGACUACUCUGGCCUUAAGUUGGUAAUUCUCUCUAGUAAAUAGUACUGUACAUGCUGAAUCACUACGAGUGCAUAAAGACUGGUUUAUCUUAUACACUGAUGAUUCUGUAUCAGAGAGUGGAAAUAUUGUGAAUGCAGGCUCCAUUAAAUGGCAUUUUGCCAUUUUUGUUUGACGGUUCCUUUGAGGCAAUCUGAAUCUUCAUUUUUUAUUUUUUUUCCCCACAGUUUAACACGACUAGGCCUCAUAUUGCUUCUCCUGCAGUCCGUGGCAGAGUUUCUAUUCCACAUUGCUCGCCUGUUUUAUUUCACGGAUGAAAACAACCAAAAAUUGUAAGUAUCGUCUGUGUAAUGUGAUGAUUGACCUGUGACUACGCUACUGUGGUGCUAGCAUUGAGACCUAAGAAUUUUGUAGGCCUCCCAGAUAUUGUGUGCGCACCCUAAUCCCCUCCAUAUGGCAUGUCCAAGCCUUCAUUAAGUUAGUAGAUUGUUCUUACAAAGAGUAUAACCACUGUUGUCAGAAAUACACACGUUCAACAAACUUUCUGGCAUAUAAGCGCUCCCAUUUUUAGAAUCCUUCAAUUAUUGACUGCCGUCUUCACUGUCUUCCAUUGCACAAUGGGGGGAGAGAUGAGCCCCAGUCAUUAUCUGCCCUCACUUUGUAUCUUUAACAAAAGCCUGUGUUUGGUGUGCAAGAAGGUGGUGUGACACAUCAGGCUAGCAAAGAUGUCCAUAUUUGCAGGGAAAGAAUGAUAGCUUGUUUAACCCCUUAAGGACCAAACUUCUGGAAUAAAAGGGAACCAUGACAUGUCACACAUGUCAUGUGUCCUUAAGGGGUUAAACUUUUUAUUUUAUUUUUUUAUCAGGAUUAAAGAGUUACUCCAUAUCAUGACCACUUCAUUACUUUGAUUAAUUUUAAACGGUUGUGUCGACAGAUAAAGGUUUAGAGAGACCAAGAGAAACCAAUGCAUAAAAUACAAAUGCUAUUAAAUAAGAGCAGUGCAUUAUUAUUAUUAUUAUUAUUAUUAUUAUUAUUAUUAUUAUUAUUAUUGCCAUUUAUAUAGCGCCAACAGAUUCCGUAGCGCUUUACAAUAUUUUGAGAGGGGGGAUGUAACAAUAAAUAGGACAAUUACAAGAAAACUUACAGGAACAAUAGGUUGAAGAGGACCCUGCUCAAACGAGCUUACAGACUAUAGGAGGUGGGGUAUCAGAAAUAUUAGGACAAGAAAUAUCAAGUAGGAGUGAAGCAGAGCUGGAGGAGAGAGCAAAGCACUGUCCCAUAGAGUGCAGGAGACAGGUAUGUAAGGUAGAGGUUACUCUGGGAGGCCAUAAGCUUUCCUGAAGAGAUGGGUUUUAAGGCCCUUCUUAAAUGAUUGAAGACUAGGGGAGUCUGAUGGCAGUAGGCAAGCUCUUCCAUAGGAGAGGUGCUGCCCGCGAGCGGUCCUGCAAGUGCGAAUUGGCCGUACGGGUGCGAGCAGCGGUCAAGAGUGGUCAGGGGCAGAGCGGAGGGUACGAGGAGGGGCAUUAGUGAAGAGAUAUGAGGGGCUAGAAUUGUUCAGUGCUUUAAAUGUAUGGGUUAGCACUUUGAAUUGACUCCUAUAGCAUACAGGGAGCCAAUGUAAGGACUGGCCGAGGGGUGAGGUGUGAGAGGACCGACUAGAGAGGAAAAUCAGUCUAGCUGCAGCAUUCAUUACAGACUGUAGCGGGGCAAUGCGGCUUUUGGGGAGACCAAUCAGGAGAGGGUUACAGUGCAUCUUUCGUUCCUGGCAGGACAUCGGUUGUCUUCCUUCGCAUCCCAACGUUACCUCACUUGUUUAAACCAACCAGUAGGCAGCCAGAAGCCGAUGUAGGAAGACUUUAGUCCUUUGAAGAGGAUUGGGUUUCCUCAAGUGGUUGUACCACAAUCUGUGUUUUUGGUUUGUUUGUUUUUUUGUGAGAAGGGACUGCAGACUACUUGCCAUAAACCAUAGCUAUGCAGUUGUAACUCCUGUGCCAUGACGACCUCUUCGGUGCUAUCUGUGGGCCUGGAAUCAUGCCAGGGAAACGUAUCUGUGAUUUGAGACAAUGUUUUGUAACUUAACAAGAAAAUCUGCUGUUGGGCCUGUAUGUUAAUAAUACUAAGGACAGCUAACCUUUAAAUACCCGAGACACCCGUAUUCAGUGUAAGGAGAAAAGUAUGUAAAUUUAAGCAACAUGGUCAGUGUUGCGGACAUCUUAAUUAUGUUGGCUGCCUUGCUCCUUUCAAUCAUCUUUUCAUCUUAAUUGAAGCGUUACGAUCUCUUUAGGCUGCUCUUGUAUCGGUCAGCAGAUGUCCUAACAUAGUGACUGAUCUGAUGUACAGAUUUGCAGGUAACAUCGAGCUUUCUUUACAGAUUUAACGCAUGGGCUGUUGUCUUUGUGGUCACGCGGCUCUUCACUUUGACCCUGUCAGUUCUGACCAUUGGGUUUGGCCUUGCCAGAGCAGAAGUCCACACAUUUAAUCCAGACAAAGGAAACUUCAACACACUACUUUUUAGGUAAGGCUGCGUUGUAAAAAGGGAUACGUUUCGGAUUCUACUAACUAAUUUACAACUGUCAUCUCAGCAAUUUUAUCCUGGAAAGGAACCUCUGCAACUGGAAGGGAUAUGGACGUUAACAUGUUGAUGCAUUUGUUUUGCUCAUUGAUCGCUUUACGAUCUUAUUGUGUUGGCCAUCGGGUUUACCAAUCACAUCUCAUUGUUUUCCAAUAAUUGUUAGAGGUUUGUCUGCUUGACUCUCCAUUUUAUCUCUUUUGUUUUUGUCAACCUACAUAUUCGAGGUUGUGUGAUAACUUGAAUGGAAAAUGAAAAGUCUUUCUGCUCAAACAUUGGAGUCUAUCUUCCAUAGAUUCACUAAUUUAUUGAUCGUAACAGUGUCCAGCUCCUUCUAGAACUGAUGACCUCAAACCGUGACGGACAUAACUCAAUGAGUUUUGAGUGCUGCACGGAUUAUUGGUGCAAACUAGGAGGUUGUCAUCCCCUCCCAUUGGAAUUGAAACAGUACUUCUGACAGAAUCCAAAAUAAUUUGUUUAUAAACCUGGUUCAUAGCAGUCCCGAAGAAGACUUAAAGGGACAUUCUAAUCACCAAGCAACUUUAGCUUAAUGAAGCAAUUUAUGUGUAUAGUUCAUGCCCCUGAAGUUUCCAUGCUCCAUUUUCUGCCAUUUAUGAGUUAAAUCACUUUUAUUUCUGUUGAUGAAGCUGUAGGCACACCUCCACUAUCUGUGACUCACACAGCCUCCAUGAAAAAAUGGUGUUGUUUUUAAUCAGAUCUUACAACACAGUGUGUGAUCUGAAGAUCAUUUCUCCUGCUCUACUAAUUGAAAUGUAAUCACACAAGAGGCUCUAGCAGGAAAUCAGGAGAGCAAGACAUACAAAAUUCUACCGUAAACACAACAUACAACCAGCUGAGCUAAAACCUUGAGACAAUUUUCCAGGAAGUGUGUAGGGAGACUGUGUGAGUCACAGCCAGAUGAGGUGUGACUGGUGCUGCUGCAUAAAGGGAUUUAACUCCUAAAUGUCCUAAAAUUGAGUAGAGUAACUCCUGGGGCAUUAUCUAUACACCCAAACAACUUUGUAAUGCUGAAGUUGUUUUGGUGCUUAGUGUCCCUUUAAUACAUACUGGUCACAAGAGAAAUUCUAUAGAAGUUGCAGCAUUAAUGGAACUCGUUGAACCAUUACUGUGUUCUUAUCUCUGUAGGAUGUUUGUACUGCUUUUGAUGUGUAUCUCCCAAACAUGGAUGAUGUGGCGGUUUAUCCACUUUCAACUGCGACGCUGGCGAGAAGAACAAGCCACCAAGAAGAGGGCUGCAGUAGCUGUUACCGCAAAACCGCAAACCAAGGUCCUAAAAAGGGAGUCUGGUAAGCCAUGUACCUGCGUGCUCUCUUUAAAUUUUGUUUUCAGUACAAUUCACAAAAAAACAUGCCAUUAAAAACUCUCUAUUUAAGUAUGUUAUAAUUAAUAUAUGUGUCUUCCUUCCAGGCUUUCAUGAAAAUGGAGUAGUAAAAGCAGAGAACGGAUCUACUCCUCGGCCGAAGAAGCUAAAGUCUCCAUAAAUGGAAAGCCCUGUGUGGCCGAGGGGAUCCGAGCCUGGGACUUACUCUGUGCUCCUCAUUUUUGCCACCAGCGUGCCUUUAUGAUCCAGUAAACAAGUGCCUUUCUGAGUCCUCACUAAGAGACUAUUAGUAUCGUAACAAAAAGAACAUACAAAUUGACAAACUUGCCUUUUGAUCCAGUCCUGGUACAUUCAAGCCUCGGAAAUGUACAUUCCAUUUUUUAUUUGACUGAAUUUUUUUUUUUGUCAGUAACUUUUCCAAAGCCAGCUACACCAUCAACUGAUAAUUCAGGAGCACUACCUCCUCUCUUAACUGUGUAGUUUUUUUUGUUUUUUUUAAAACCUGCAUAGCGACAUUGUUAUGCAAUAAGGAGGACAAUGCCUAUGCAGACAACAGUUUUGGCCUCACUGGAGGGCUCCAGCAUGUGAACGUUUGACAUAAGCUCUGUCAAUGUGGCGCUGUUUGAAAGGGAUACAUCAAUUUUGACUUUGAUUGGUUACUGUUCCUUUUAUUGGUUGCCAGUUGAGAUAAGCAUGUCCUAUUUUUUAUUUUUUUUUUGUUUACAAAGUAUAUACAAUAUGUCUAGUUGUUAAGUAUUUUAUAUUCCUCAGUACCCUAGUUUUGAAUUUUGCACAGACUAAAACAUUUUUUUUUUCUUCUUUAUUGUGAAACACACCUCUCCUACCCAAUCCCUGUGACCUUUUCUGGGAUCAUGUUAAAUCUUCUUUCAUGGGAAUUGUUACCUGCAGUAACCCUUUAAUCGCUGUGUGUGACCAUGCGUCACUCCGUUUAACUGUUCUACUGCUAAGGGGAAAGUUAACAAAUGAGCCUUUGUCAAAAGAUUAGUCAAGAUUUUGUGCGAUUUUGUAAAUGUCAGAUUUAUAAAAGGUUAUUAUACAAUUUUAUUUUUUAUUUUUUAGGUCCUCAUCGUUUUUGGAUUUUUUUUUACAAAUUUUUGACAAACCUAGGACUUAAUGGAAAUAAAGCCCAACCUUGACUAAAUAUAUAAAUCUAUAUAUUUAAAUUUUAUUUUUUUCUUCUGAAAAUGAAUGUGAAUUCUGCCAAAUGUUAACUGCCGUUGCUGUGCCUGAUCUGAAGCGGCCAGGGAUCCAAAGUUCACGAGGUGUUGCCGUGAUUCGAUACAUUUCUGCCAUCUCCGGCGUGUUUCUAUUCAAGGUCAAUGACAUCAGAGUUACGCCUGCAAUUAUUUCUGUAGUCACAUUUUUUAUACUGUUGUCUAUGAAUUUGGAUAAAGAUGGUUUGAUUUUGAAAUUCCGUUUUAAUUGAUGCCAUUAAAAGGAACAAUUUUUUUCAGUAAAAAAACAAAACAAAAUAGCAAAGCAGCCUUUAUUGUUGAAGAUUGAAGGUGGGACACAGUUUUGGUAUCAAAUGUUUACCUUUUCUUUCUAUGAUGAAGUUCCGUCUCAUUCAAAAUGGCUUUUUGCGUCUCCAAAUACAAUAGUUUUUAGAAUUUAAACAUUUUAUUGAUAUUUUGAGUGAAAAUUACACGAUUGAUUGAAAUACUAUAUGGUCUGUUUUUCAAAUCUAAAAAGCCAAGAUAUCAUCCCAGGCUUUGUGUGUUUUUAUUUUUGUGAUCAUUUGAGAAGGUUUGUGCAUAAAGUCUGAUUUAAAAAAAAAAAUGCAUUCUACAUUUACAACCUUACAUUGCAGCAAAGACCGACAUGAUGCAUAAAACGACAGCUUAAUUGUAUUACUCUGCAAUCAAAAUCUGAAACAGAUGAUCACUGGGUUUAAAGAUGUCAUAGUGGAGAUUAUAGAGACACAUUCAAAUUAGCUGCCUCUUGUGUUUAGCUACGCUUAGGUAACCAAACCAGGAAGUAACAGGACUGGUUGUUUGAUUCACAGUCAGGGGGGUGUAACAAUAUUAACUUAUAAAAAUGAUAAUUUCUAUUGAAAAAUACAAGUCACACUCUUCACACAUACGGUACUUUAACAAGCUAAACUGUUCUUGGAGUCUGGAGUCCCUUUAUAGGGACACUGUAGGCAUUGAGACCAGUACAGCUCAUUGAGGUGGUCUGGGUGCUGUUCCUUUUGCACCUAGUGCUGCAAUUAUCGGACGCUGGACAUCCUCGCGCUCUGCAUGAGGACCUCCAGCGUUAGAUUUUUUUCCCCAUAGGAAAGCAUUGACUCAAUGUUUUUCUGUGGGGAGGUGUAAUGCACGAUCGGCAUUUGCCGCGCAUGCGCAUUAGACCCCGCGGAGCUUUGACCCAGCGCUGAGGAAUAUCUGCGCUGGGUUACGAUAAGUAAAUAAAGGGUUUUUAACCCUUUAUUUACCGGGUAGGAGGGA